GAUUUUAUUGCACAGCCUCUAACAACAACACAGCGUGUGGCUUUUUCGACACAUUAAAUAAAUAAUAGACUGUCAGCAGUUUGGUGUGAGUGGGGAGCAGCAGCAGCAGUGGUGGUUGGUGGAUGGGUGGGUGGGGGGAGGGAGCAGACGGAGCAGUCACUCCCAUCCUCACAGGAGUCUGUCCGGGCAGCAGGGCAGGACGGAGCCGAGCCAUUCAUUCCUCUGCUUCUUCUUCUGUGGUGUGGGACAAACGUAGAGGAUGAAGAGUAGGCAGUAAAAAGAAGACACGAAAGGACAAACUUUUACCUCUCAGACAGAGGAAGAUAGGCAAACUUUGGAGGAUUUCACAGAGGACGUUUGCAGAAAAAGCGCACAGACAGCAACUUUACCAGUAAGUAGAUCCGAUCGUGAGAAAUCCUCCACUUUUCAGCUCCAGCAGAAAAGGAAAGUCUAAGUUUGAGCAUUGCAGCCGCACGUUGUGAGACUUUCUCUGAAGUUUUUCCACAUGUAUCUGUGGUAUUUUCUCCGGAGCUGAGAGGGGGAAACUCGUGGCAGGAAAGCCGAGCAGACUGAUGCUUUGCGAGGAGAAGCUGCGGCACAUUUACGACCCUCAUUAAUAAGAAAAGCAGCAAACAGGGCUAUCAGCCGUGACUUUUUGACUUUUAAUUGGUCUAUUGUCACAGUUUGAAGUCGUAAAAGUGUCACUUGAGUAUUAAAUCAAACUGACAUUUGCUGAAUUGUUCGAGUUUGUUUCGGCAUUAGGUUUUUAUGUUGGGCUUGAAGCGUAAAAAUGGCAAAAAUGUUCAAUUUCCGGACAGGGAAAGUUGCCAAAUUAAGUUUUGUUGCACGAAACGUUGUGUUGGUAGCUUUUGCUUGCAGAAUUUGACAUGAAUCAGUCGGCAAAACAGUUGGCCGGUUGAUUAAUCGAUUAAACUUAGUAGUGCUGACAGUAAACCAACUCUGGUUUAACGCAAAAACCAAAUUAAAACCAAUUUCCCCUCUCUUAUUCUCUCGUUUUGUAAUCUCUUGUUCAUUUUUGAUCAGUUAUUUGAGAUUGAUUAGGCACUUAAGAAACAUUACAUCUCUUUUUUGGUUGGAAAUAGUAAAAACUGCCCAUAAUAGUUCAGGGUAACACACGUGUAGCUUGUUUUUUCAUUGAACAGAAAUCACAAAACAAGAAAGAUCUGUUUUUCUGCCAGAUAUGACGAAGACAACUCAAAUCAUUCAAAUUAACUUCUAUUUUUCCUGAAAAUGACUUUUUCUGCAAAUGGAUUUAUGAAUUAACCAGCAAAGUGUCUCCUGUCUGAAUAUAAACAGGUUUCAUUCCCAUGAAAGCUCUUCUAAAGGCAUCUUUAACCCCAAACACCUGAUCCGGUCUCUGUUUCUGACAUGAAGCAGGUCUUAGGUCGCUUCUUUUAUUGUCACUUUCAGCGAAAGUCUAUCUGUGGUCUCGACACAGAUUCUUGUCUUGUUUUAGUGUUGUAUUUCAACAGUAAACCUGAGAACUGGUCCCACCUGUAAACUGGUGUUUGUUUGUGGAGGAGAUAUAAAAGGUUCCCUGAGGACACAGACCGUCUUUGCUGAAAGUCUCUGCACCCAGGUGUAGCCAAAGUCAAAACAAAAGGACUUACUUUACUCUAAAUCUGCAUGUUUUCAGUCAAACACAGAUCUGUUUCCAUGAGUGAUGUUAUAAUAGAAACAGUGUUCAUGAGGGAUGUAGUGUUGUUGUUCCAAACCUCAGCCACUGAUUCAUUGUGGUUGGAAAGCUCACACCCAUAUGGACUGAUUUUCCAGGAGGAAUACAUUCCCUCUAUUAUGCAUUAACACAGUGACACAAUAGCUUUUGUUGUUUCUUUAUAUGCAGAUUUAAUGGUCUGAACUCGUGGCCUUACAUUCAAAAGCUGGUCCCUGAAUAGAAGUUAGCAAUUUAUGUCUUUAUUUCCGACAUGAAAAGAGAACAAUAACUAAAAAAAGAUGGCACCAAAACAUUUAAACACGUGGAGUAGCUGUUGAAUGUGAUGCUUAAUGUGUAGCUCGUUCUAUAUUUACAUCAGAUGGCUUCAAAGGGAUACAAUACACCUACCCCUACCUGAUAAAAGAGCUAAAUGAAAUUCAAAUGACAGUGGUGUCAGCCAACUAAGUCAUUUACAAACCAGCUUUGACAGUUUUAAAACUGAGCGGCGACCUACAAUGUUUAAACAAAAACUGUGAAUUUCCCAGUUUGGGAUCAAUAAAGUAUAUCUAUCUAAAAAGCCGCUGCUGAAGUUUCAAAAGCUGCAGUUCCUCAAGUGUCCACUGGGGGCUGGUCCCAAAAGUUAAGGAAGCCCCAUUAAUGCCCCAUGUAGGAGCCAAAUAUGUAGAUGUCAUACCAUAAAAUGAGUUGUAGUUCACUUUGUAUUCCUUAGGUGUCACUGUCUUGUUAUCUGGGACUCAGAAGUAAAAGUACCCAUGUCACUGUUGUUUUACCAUCAAACGUCUUCGAUCAAACACCUAUUUUUGUGGCUGGAUUGUAAACCUUGUGGGAGGUGUAGAAAUCUCUGGAAACCCUCGAUAGAUCGCCAAAAGGGUAAGCUUUUGAACAGUUUUAUCCCAUAGAAAUACACUGUAUAGUUUCUGAGAAACUGUAAACAAUAUUAAUGGUGUCACGUGGGAUCGCCUGCGAUCCAGUGGAGUUCUAAGUGUUGAAGUAUCGACUCAGCUCCUACAACCCAUGUUAAAAUGCAAUUUUUUGAAGCAGGGACAAAUCGACGUACUAUGUUGGUAAAUAUCAGUCUUAGCUGGAGUAGCAUAAAGACUUGAAUGACCAGGACAACAUUGGAGCUGUAAGCUUGGAGGAGUCAGUAUUUCCAGUAAGGUGACUGCCAUCGUUGGGCUUCAGGAUCCCUUGAGACUGUAUCCAUGUUUAAUAUAGUCUAUGGUUUCAAAAGCCACCAUAUUAAAUAAAUGGUCUGCAUCAGGUUGAAUGGAGAUCAGUCUGAAGGUGGUCAACCUCAUUUCACCUCUCUUUGUUGCGAUUGGCUGCUGGAUCGGUACUGUGUUAUGAUUGGCGUGUACCCGCGGCCUCAGUUCCAGCACUUUCUCUGAAGCAUGGCGGACCACUGUUUGAGUCCCGUGUCAAAGUCCACGUUCCCUUAUUGUUGUAGCCCAGUGUUAAGUACAUGGUUGGAGAGGUUAAGGAACCAAAACUACAUGGUAAGGUUGAGGAAAUUAUCAUGUUUUGGGUCAAACUGGCAAGAGACGGACAACGGGUUGCUUUUUGCUUUUCCUGUGGCCUGAAACAGGCGGGGAAAAAAGUGUUCUGCAGGGUGGUAAUGAAUGAACUGAAGGUUAUUUUUAAUGGGCCGAGCGCAGAGCCCUGAGGGAUCACGUGGGCUGACUGGCUAAAAGCGACUGGCAACAUUAACUUUUGGUUUCAAAUUAGUCACAAACAUCUGUCCUCUUGGUUGACGUUAUGCAUGUGAUCUACGAACUUUCCAGCCAAUCACAGCAUCUAAAACUCGCCAAUAUUAACCUCAGCCUAUAACAUUUGUCAGGGUUCAUAGGCGACCAAACUGAUGUAGCUGAACGCAUUGUAGUCACUUUUGAAGCAGCUGCAGAGUUACAGCAGUGUGUGGUCUCAGUCCUGACUCGUAUUCUGUAAUUAGCUCAAACCAUUUUGUCGUAAUUUGUCCUUUUUUUCUAAGGCGGGGGAAGGGAUCCUCUGAUGUUUAAUUACGCUUAGAUCAUCUCAGAAGAAGUGACUUGCAUAAAAGAUGGUGGUUGGUUGCAUCGGUCAGUGAAUUACCAGUUGGUUUGAGCGUUUAUGCCAGCUAGUGCACGUGGUUCCUCAGGGCUCCGUGCUCGGCCCAUUAAAAGAAGCCCGGGGUUCAUUCAUUAGAACCCUGCAGGACUCCCUUUUCCUCUGUUUCAGGCCACAAAAAGGGGAAAAUCUGUGCAUUUUCUCUUUUUUGCUGGCAGUCAAGCAGCACAGAUGUGAUGGAAAACCUUUUUCAUGGUUCUUUUCGCUCCUUAAACUUUCAAAGUAUUGAAAAAUAUAACAACAAUCAGAUUUUUUGGCUUGCUGAUGAUGCAUUUGGUGAUUCUUAAAUGCAGAAGAAAAUAUGAAAUGCCAGCCUUUCAAGAAGGGCUGGGCGAUAAACCGAAAAUUUACAGAUACCGAAAAUUUACGACAAUAACAACGUCAUUUUGCCCAUAUCAGUCAGUGUCAAUAAAAUAAAUAACAGUUGGUUUUGGGGUGGAGUCAUGACUCUGACGUAGGACAGCGUCUUAAAGGGACAUGAGACCAUAGCUUACCUAUGCACAUCCAAAAACAACUUUUAUUUAUUUAUUUAUUUGACACCGAAUGUAACAAUAUGGGAAAAAUGACGUCGGUUAUUGUCGUAAAUUUCGGUAUCUGUAAAUUCUUGGUUUAUCGCCAGGCCCUAGUCUUUGCCAUUUCAGCCACACAGUUAAUGUGGGAGGGGGUGAGCAGCUUGUGGAGUAGUUAUCGUCCAUUUAUUGUUAUCAAGGUGAACUGAGGUGCUCAGUAUAUCGUGAUAUUGACUUGAGGACAUAUCGCCCAGCCCUACUUUCAUGUUUUCUUAUCCUUCUUUUGUCUUAAAUCCAGGAUCUUGGCCUCACUUUCUCGGUUUUCUCCGUUUAUUUCUCCUAGAUAUUUUCAGUUUUUAUUCUUUUGGUUCCUAAAUCAACACUUACUCCUAUGAAUGUGAUGGAAAUAAGACCUGGGCAUUAUCUGUGUGUGCCUGAAACCAGAGCCAGGAUUGUGGUGUCGGCAUGACCAGAGUGUGAAAUCCACUAAAUGAGCGGCUGCUCUGGUGUCAGAGGUUAAACCAGAAGACUCCGGCUGGCUGGACCAACAUCUGGAAUUCAGUUUGAGACAGAGAAACCUCACUUCUUGUGUAGAUGACCCCGAUAACAAGGCUGGUUUACUUACAUUGUACAUUAGAGCGCUGUGAUUGAUGCACUUGUACACAGAGUAACAGCAUUCACAUCUGUUUCUGACAGCACGUCUUUUAGGUCAUAAUUUCCACUCACAAUGCGCUGGUUUCUCACUGGGCGAAGUCAAUAAAAGUUUCAACAGGAGCAUCCAAGGAAGCGCUGUAAUGAAACCAACACAUAACAGAAGAUUUUUUAUGCUUGUUACCCUUCAGAUUGUUUAUUUGGCUAUAAACUUGAUGCAAUGCGAUGAAGACUCUUAAACUCAGACAAAUCCAAAGUGGGUCACAUUACGUUAUGAGGUUUUCCAUUCCAAGCUACUAAAAGCAGCGUUUCUGAGUGAAUUAAAAGCAGCAGUUUGUUCGAGAUUGUUUCUUUUUUUUUAUAGAGCCGCUGCAGAGAUGGACUGGAAAAGUCUUUGACGCAGAGAGGAACAAAAAGCUGUUAAAAAGGUUUUGUUCUUAGACAUUUUAGACCUUUAUACUUUAUACCCUAAUGCAGACAAAAUAAUUCAGACUUUAUAUUAUGAGGUCAGCUUCAUAAUGACGCAGAUAGGGGUGUUCCGAUACAACUUUUUUACCUCCAAUACGAUUCCGAUAUUGUAGCCUUCAGUAUCAGACGAUACCGAACUUGUGCAAGACAAGUUUUGCACUCAACUGCAACAUCUUUUUCGGACUUUAACGAAAAGUACUUCCACACGGCCGACAUCCUAACAAAGUAAUAAGGAGUAGGAGUAGUCCUUGUUACUUUGUUAGUACCUUAGUACUCACUGUUGUUGUGAUCACACGGGCUCUAUAUGCUGGAUCCAGGCGCUGCUAGCUAGAGGUGCUGGUGCAGAGUCUGGAAUGGACUGUAUCUGAGUGCUGAUAUCAGAGAUUAUAGAUGCAGGCCGAUAUAAUCCGAUAUUUGUUUUUUGUUGAUAUCGGACUGAUAUCCAAUAUCAAUAUCAAUAUCGUAUUGGGACACCCCUAGAUGCAGAUCUGCAGUCCAUCCAUAUUCCAUCUCCUCCAACAUCUCUCAUCUUCAACACAUUUAUGUUAUGCUCAAAUCUGGUUGCCAUGGUUUCCUGUGUACAUAUCAGAAGGGAACUGAGCAGGACCAGAAAAUGGCGAUAUGACAAGCAUAGACAUCAUAGAAUUUAGGUGGAGUGUUGCAGAGCUGUGCAGACACUGAUGCAAAAGUAUGUGGUGUUCUCUGGUACAGCAUAGGAAGACCAGGUUUGGGUUGUGUACCUGCAGUUAGUCGAAUAAUACCAGACUAUCUGGAGGUGUAAUAACUCAAACUUGUGGUUUAAAAAGGUGUCUAUGGAUCUCAGUUUGGUCAUGGCAACUUUUUCAUGAAACAUAGCUGUAGUCUUCCUCUUCUCCUGGUUUCUGUUUAAUUAGCCCUUUAAAUAGGGGUGUCCUGAUACGAUAUUGAUAUCGGAUAUCGGUCCAAUAUCAGCCAAAAAACAAAUAUUCCGGUGCAGUAUUAAGUUAGUGUCAAACACACCGUAACACUGAGUUAGACACCCCCUCGAGAGAUGAAUGUUGCCGACUGCUUGCUUCUCUAGUUAUACCAACUUUAGUAACAAUCGUUACGGUGUGUUUUACACUGGAAUAUCCCUUUAAAGCCCGAAAAAGACAUUGCAGCUGAGUGCAAAACUUGUCAUGCACAAGUUUGUGCUGAUAUCGGAUCAAUAUUGGUAUCGACUGAUACUGAAGGCUACGAUAUCGGUAUCGUAUUGGAAGUUAAAAAGUUGUAUCAGGACACCCCUAGUACCAGACUUGCUGGAAGUGUAAUAACUCACAUUUGCAGUUUGAAACAUGUCCAUAGGUCUGAGCUUGGUCAUCUGGACUGUCAUGAUGGCGACUUUUUCAUGAACAAUAAGCUGUACUCUUUCUCUUCUCCUCAUUUUUCUGUUUAAUUAACCCUUUACACGACCUUCUCGGGCUCAAAACAUCUCAGGCUCAAAACACCGUCACCAGUGUGUCUGUGAGGACUCCUCAUGCGACCCGUCUACCUUCACCGUGCUGCGCUGUCAGGCAGUCAUGCAGGCUGAUUAGAUUAGGCAGCAUGGAGCUAAUCACCCAUCACUCUCCUUGUUCGCUCUUUUAUUCUCAGGGCCCCCCUCCCAUGGCGCCCUGAGAUGAGCCUCUCCUGGGGGUAUAUCCACCUCCAGCGGCUCUACAGCCUGCUGUUUACCAGGAAACCAGCAGGGUGGGGUCCUCACAAUAACAAAGCCCUCCACCUACACUCACCCCUCUGUGAGUGGAGCUUAAAAAAGAAAGAGACAUCCAGGGGAGUGAAUGACCUGUGGAGGGCGUAGAGGGGGGUCGGACCCCUCCUGUCCUGGGUGAAAUGAGGAGAAAGAAUCUGCAGUGGGUUUUUGUUCCUUUGUGGCGAGCGGGGGGUCAGUCUCAGGGGAAUGCACGGCAGACGGACGGUGGGUUUUGCAGCUGCGUGGCCUCCAGCACUUAAUCUAGUCCCUGAGCAGCUGCGGGCUCAUUAAACUCUGCCGGUUGUGUUCAACAUUCACUUCAGUUUAUGUCUCUCAGCCACUGCUGCUGUGCCUCCUGUUUUCCCGUCUGCCAAAUACCCGCUCUGUUUUUCUUCUUUACCAGCUAAUGCUGUAAUACACAAGUCUGAAUACUGAUUAAGUUAAAGCGGAGUCAGCUGAGGACCCGGCUGUAUGCUGACGAUAAAACGCUCUGUGAUAUGUUCAGUCAUUGAAAAGGAGAUUACACCCGAUCGAACAUUCUUGUGUCAAAGUGAAAGCCAAGGGUGGUUCUGUUUCAGCUUGGAUCCAGUUUUACAUUAGAUUGGAUUGAAACAUUUGUUCCCAUCCAGACUCAGUUGUUCUGACGUUUUGAAUUUUUGAGUUUUGUUGACCGUCUUUCCUGCUUAAUCUGAAGCUAGAGGUAAAAUAAAGUAAUCUUAAACCUCAUAUUUACAUCUGAGCCAAAGCCAAGCUAUAGCAUACAGCAGUGGUUUAUGUGGAAUUGUACCUACGCCAGGCUCAGGUCCGGUGUCACAGGGUUUUUCAAAGUUAUUAGCAAAUAGAUCAACAAAGUUUCAGGAUCACGUAACCAAUAUUUGUCAGCGAGAUUAGGAUUAAAUUUUCCAUUCAAGUUUUCAUUUAUAAAACCUUUAAAAUUUAGCUAAAGGCUAAAGGUCGUUACACACCGGUGAAUUAGCGAAGCGACGCAAACCUUUCCUAUACAAAUCUGGUGCAACGCGAAUAAAAUUAGCAUAUUCGCAUAAAAAUAUGCCGAUGGUGAACAGAGGGGGAGAGAGAAGAAGGAGACACAAUGGCAACUACAUCCUCAAGUGCUGAUGACCUGUGUCAUGUGUCUGGGUACAUCCGAUACAGGAGAUGGGGGAACUCCACACAACGAUAGCAGUGCAAUGUUGGCAAAAUUCUUUACGGGGGCAAAAAAAAAACAGUCUGCGGAGGUUCGUAGCUGGUGUGGAAGUUUGCGUUGACUUUAUGAGUUUAAAAAAAAAAAAAGCGAAUUAUUCCCCUUGCAAAUGCACUAUAAAACUUUGUAAUAACCAUAGAGUGUAUAUACUAUGGACAACUUGGUUCCGCCUUCCGCCAGUAUACGGAUUUAAAACCAAAAAUGCUCUCGGUAUUUUAGUUUUUUCUUUUCUACUUCACGAAACCAACAUUGCGCAGUAGCGUUGUACGCAUUCGGCGGGAGAGUUGCCGAGAGACACUCAGCUCAGACAGCGACUCUCCCAGUGAGCUACGCAAUCUUCGUACGCCCAUAGGCUGUAUCAAGUGUCAAACAUAGAAAACAUGAACCCCCUAAUAACUUUUAAAAACGGAGCUGCACAGAAAAAAAAGAGGACUUGAGCACAAACCAGUCUUACAGUAACUACAUGUCAACAUCACAGCCAGGGGGAAGAAAAAUUUGUCUUCUUAGUUAUUAAUCUCUAAAGUUUGUCCACAACUCCAUAGGGAUUGCUGGAGGAGGCAGAUUCAUGACCUAUACUGCAGCCCGUCACUAGAGGGUGCUGUUCUCGCGGUGGCUUCACCCAGCGAGGAGGCAGACAGGGUCCAUGCUAUACAGUCUAUGGUAAUCACCUUUAGACUUGGUUAAUGGGACCACGAGCGGCCAUAUUCCAACCUCACUGGCGAGUCAGUCUAGUUUUUCUUUGAUUAAACGCCGUUUAUUGAAAAAUACACCCCCGACUUGGUUAAUCUAUCCAACAGCUUCUGCUUUUACUGUAAAAUCUCAGAACAACAGAGAAAUCCUCCAGCCGGUCAAUCCUCAUGUCGCUCAAAACCACAGAUCUAAAUCCCCGUGUUUGGGUCCAGGUUUCAGCAGCACCAUGGAAACCCUAUUUAUGUUUGGACUGGCAGACUGUCACCGGUCAUUAUCACCGCUGCAGCCAUGCAGCAGCAGCAGCAGCAGCAGGACCGAUCGCUGAAACGCCGGCUCUGUUUUUCUCUGCAGCCCGAGCUGAAGCCGUUUUAAUAGAGGUGACUCACACUCAAAUAAAAAGCAGGUCGCUGCGGUGACCUAAUCCCGCUCACAUUACUAAGUGUAUUCACAGUAGCUGAACGUUUGCCCCUGUUUGUAACUGCUGCUGCUGCUCCCCCUAAGUGUGCAGUUUCCUAUGAUAAUAUUGAUUUAAAACGGGCAGGUUGAAAGUGAUUUUCAGGAGAGGUGCUGCUUAUUUGGAGUAUUUUAGGGUCUUUCAAAGUCAGUGUCAACACACCUGAGAAUGAACUUGCGACAUCCAGGAGAAGAAGUUCAAGACCUGCACUGUGAGGGGUCUGGAAAACCUUCUGAGGUCUGAGGUCUGCUUAAUCGUCUGUGCAGCUGUGAAUUGAUUUGUGGGCUGAGGACUGCAGGUGAGGGUGACUGCUGCACAAGACCGGGGUGGGGUACUGUUACAGCACCUGUGGGACCACACAGACAAACACAGACAAACACCAGCAUCAUGUGGGAAACUGGAGCUUGACAACUUUAAAUAAGUGAGCCCAAAGCUCCGGAGUUUUAUACCGAGAUAUGAAAAAGCUUAAUCGAAUUAAACUGGACUCUGCUUGGUUGGAUUUCCCAGGCUCAGUCCUGCUUUCAGAUGCUUCUUGUUUGAUCCAAUCUCAGGUACAAACAGAGUGAGUCAAACAAACCCUUUAAUGUUGAACUCCUAACCUCUCUGCGGGCGAAAUUCAAUUUAUUUAGCCAGAAAAGGUUCCUGGGAACAAAAGUUUACUGAUUCUCACUCUGAUGGAAGUGCUACUGUUUCAGGUUUCUCCAUAACUGGAUCUUUGUUUUGACUCUUCUUCAUCAAAUAUGCAUGCAUGCUUUUAGGGAGAAAAAGGAAGAAUGCAGGGAAUGAGUCUUUGUUUGCUGUUGUCAUUUAGAGCGGCCCUCGGCUGCCGACAGAGGCAUGUGUCAUCUGAAGACUGGGAUUACGCCGUCCCUCAUUGCAAGGACGGCGUGGAGUAAACACAGACACAGGGAAAGUGAAUCAUAGAGGGCAGUAAUGAUAGAGUACAUGGAAAACAAGAAAAGAGAAAAGAAAGAGAGAAGGUGAGCUUUUUGUUUGACAAUUAAAUGGAGCAGCUCUGGGUCAGACAUCUGUGAUCCAUCUCCCAGGGGCAGCCGUCUGUAGCUGCCUUUCUUCCCCCUCCUCCUCCUCCUCCUCCCUCCAACAGUGUCGUGACUUCCCUUUGACAAGCCCCCCAACCCCAGAGAUCACUCGCUCUGAGGGGUUCCACUUUUUUAAUAGCUACCUCUGACCUUCAUCCAUCAUUCUGUCCGCACUGAUAUUGUUUUGAAAGCACCGUUUUUUCCUCUGAUUUGACUUUCUAUCAACACCGUGCCGACAUUUUUGAUCUCCGAACAGACAGAUUCUGGGUAAACGGUCUCCAAAGUGAAUGCAUAUGAAAACACCCGACUUUUCCUGGUAUGAGGGUAGCUGGGGACAGAAGCCGUGUGAAGGGGGCAGGGGCAGAGAGGAAAAGAAAAAAAAAAAGCACCAUAUGGUGGGGCAGCAGCCUGAAGUUAAUGGUUAACAAUCCCUUCUCUCGCAUAUUUUGGAUUGCUUUGUGUUUUUUUCCGCUGAAAGGGCGUCUUAGUGGGAUCUGCAUCAUGCUUGCUUAAUUUAAAAUGCACUGUAAAGAGCUCUGCGUCUGGUUUUCUGCACUAAAGUUGCAGCCUACUGGUAUUUUGUUGUGUUUUCUGUACUUUUUGAGUAAACCUAAAAUGCACUGCCUCCUCUAGGAACAUUCUAAAGACAGCCCUGCAUGCACCGCUAUAUUAUAGCAUCACAUUUUCUCCACUAGACCUCUCCGAAAAAUCUCCAUUUAGAAAACAUGCAACCUUUUGGUGCACUGAAUCGAGUUUUCCUCAACUUAGAUAGCAUAGUAUCCAUUUAAAAGAAACCCUGAUUGGUGCUGAACCAUGUUUUCUCCACUAGAGGGACACCCUAACAACACAUGCAUUGUAUUCAUAAAUUAAACUUCUCUAUGCAUUCAGUCAUAUUUACUCUUCUAGAAAAGCAUCCAAGUCAACACACAGUGCUUCAUCAGUUUUUAGGGAAACCCUUUGGAGCACUUUAUCAUGUUUUCUCCACUAGAGGGACAGCCUAACAACACAUGCAUUGUAUUCUUAAAGGAAGCUUCUGCAUUAUGUUAUACCUCUUUUAAGAUAACUUUUCUAUGCAUUCAGUCACAUUUAAUCUGCUAGGAAAGCAUCCAAGUCAAUGCAUAAUGUUUCGUCACUUUUUAGAGAAACCCUCAAGAGCAUUACAUCAUGUUUUCUCCGCUUGGAUGCCACCUUAAGAACACCUACAUUGUAUUUUUUAUUUAGGGUCAGCUCUGGAAGUGCUCUGGAAAGCAUCUCCUGUUAUUUUAAAAAUCUUUAAUUCAUUGAAUUUGGUUUUCUCCAGAGGACACUGCAUUACAUUUUCUCCACUAGUUUUUAGAUGGUGAUGCAUCACAGGAUUUCACCUUUCAGGGUACAGCUUCAUGUUUUCUCCACUAGAUCAUGCCAGUAUAAUAAUGAUAAAACCUUUCAGUGGCUGAAAUGGCACAGACACUGCAUCAUGUGUUCACAUUUCAGACCAUUUUGAGAAGACCUUUGUGUUUUCUCCACUAGAAAGGAAAACAAAUGACUCGUGAUUGUGUUCCUUCCAGGGUAGUGGAUCAGGUUUACCCAUGGGUGGACUGGAUUUGAUUUUCUUUUUAUCCAGCUGAAGGGAACUGUUUUCUCUGCUGAAACUCGACCCUUGCCUUGUUUAUUAGGAGUAACAGUAAUAGAGGUAAUUGUCACGAGCGUGAGCUUUAAAGCAGUUAAAGUGAAUCUACUUUAGUGCCGACAGCUAAAUCCAGACAGUUUAAUGGCGCACACACAGUCUCCACUUCAUGUAAACACUUUCAUGAUCUUAUCCUCCUCUCAGGACGGUUAAAGAAGCCGUUACGGCCUCGUUACUGCAGGGGCCAUCAGAUUCCUGGGGGCCGACAGCCCGUGACUCUGAGAGGGAAUCAUUAUCACUGAAGGUUCACGGGUUCAGAGACGAGACAGGAAAGAUGAUGCCGCUCCGUCUUUGGAUAACACAAUUUGGCUGACAUUAGCGUGGCACAGUUAAGGGAAGAGGGGGCGUGUGUGCGUCUGUGUGUACGUGUAUUUUUGUGUGUGUGUGUGUGUGUGUGUGUGUGUGUGUGUGAGCUCACGUGAAACCUCUUUUCCCAUUAUGUCUGUCAUCAUGUCUGGGAGAAACUUGGCCCACGUCCACACCAGAGAAAUUAUCCUCCCCGUCACAUUAAAGCGCCCUCCUUAAUACACCUGUCUUUUAUCACGUGGAGGGACUCUGAGCUGACUUCACCACAUCUGAGCAGAAAAGUCCUCAUUUUUUAAUCUCCUGCUCUGAUUUAAGACCUCAAACUUCUUUAUGACAAAUUAUAAACCCACCUCCAGAAUAAUCCGUCUCUCUGUUGUGUUUAACUCUCAGGCUAAUCACUGCAAGGUGAUGUCAUCUGUGUGUGCGGUCUGUGGGUUUACAGGCAAACACACUCACAUAAAUGCAUGCAUGUAGACACACACACACACUCUCACACACACACUAGAGGAAAUUGGAUGGAGUGUGGAUAAUCAUUGCAUUAGUGCAGAGUGUGUAAUCAGCGUGAGCCUGAGGGAGGAAAAGCACACCUUGUGUUUUUACUUUGCAGAGCAAGUCCUUUUUUGCGCUGCAGUGUGAAGUGUUAUCUGUGGCGGUGGAAGGAGUGUGUGUUUGUGUCAGAGGGGAUUAGGCGCUAAGUGAAGAGAUAGAGCUGGACUUAGGUGGUGUGACGUUAUGUGGCAAAGGAUCGAUUUGAAUGAACAGAUAAUUGUUUUAGAGAGGACAGAAAACACCGUCUCAGAGUCACUGAUGAAAGGCGAAUCGACAGUCUGGUGUUCAGCAUGUGCAUUAAUUGACACUUUUAGGAUCUCCAGGCCACCGUACUUGAAAAACAAGAAUAGAUUGAAACUACCCGCAUACAAGGUUAGCAGUCCAGCGCUUCAUGGUUAGAGUCCGUCAAGCAGGUGACCAAACUGUUAUAUCCUGAAAACUGAAAACAGGCAGGAAGCGGAUUACCUUAAACCUUAAAAUGUAUGCUUCCUUUCAAAUGGAGAUUGAUUCACUUUUGGAGCCGGCCUCUAGUGGACACUCCAAGAACUGCACUUAUUUUCACCUCUGGCAGCUGGGGUGUCAUCUACGAAAGGUCAUUAGGGCCACACAAAGAGAAUAAAUAAUAACAGGAUGGAGAUUAAAGUUGAAAUUUGAGAUGAAAGUAGAAAUUUCGAGAUUAAAAAAAUUGGUUUGAAUUGAAAUUAUGUCAGUCGUCAACAGGAACAAAGUUGAAACUUGGAGAUUACAAAAUGUCUAAAUGUCCAGAUUAAAGUCACUAUUUCGAGAUUAAAAAUUGAAAUUUCGAGAUUACAGUCAAAAUUUUGAGAUUACAACAUGUGGAAAUGUUGUGAAUAAUGCCCAAAUUUUGAGAUUAAAAAAAUCUAAAUUAUGAGAUUAAUGUUGAAAUUUCGAGAUUAAAGUCAACAUGAUUGCGGUUGAAAUUUUGAGAUUAAAAAAAUCUAAAUUAUGUCUACAAAGUCAAAAUACCGGGAUUAAAAACUGAAAUUUUGAGAUUAAAGUCAAAAUUUCGAGAUUGCAAAAUUUCGUAAUGUCGUGAAUAAUGUCGAAAUUUUGGGAUUAAAAAAAUACACAUUUUGAGAUUAAAGUUGACAUGAAUAAAGUUGAAAUUUCGACUUUAAUCCUGAAAUGGAAAUAAAAAAAAAUCUCCCUCCUGUAAUUAUUAUUUUUUCUCUUCUUAUGGCCCUAAUCCUCUUUCGUAGUUAUCAACCUGUUUUUCGGCUUUUUUUUUUCUUUUUCAUUUUGCUCUAAAAACAUCAGUCUAUCCUCCUUUUUAUUUUAGAGAUUUGCACUUAAAAGGUCUGUUCCAGUGAGAUAAAACAAAGCGCCUUUAGACCUGAGAAAAAAACAAACACCAGCUUUUAAAGGGUAUGAAAACACCUCUCUGCAGCACGGCUUUCUUUGACAUCUUUAUGAGACUCUUUGUGAGUGAGAACAGCAUUGUUUCUCUGUCAGCAGUCCGAGCUCGCACCCAAACCUGAAACGGAAACUCCGCAGGCACCAGAACCUGGACGCCUUUUUCCUUUUAGCUCUUUGAAGAGCUCCUGGCAAAGCUUUCAAAGCCCCUCUGUCUCUGCUCUGGCUCCUUUUAAAUAAUGUGCAGCAAAUACAACACAGCUGCCCAGCUGAGCGGGAACAGACAAUGGUUAUUAUUCUGCAGAACAAUAAUUGCUUUUAUUGAUGCUUUUGCAUUUUUUUUUCGUCACACAUUCCUCACGUUAAACACGACAAACUGCCGCUUGUAUUGAGUUUGGAGAUAUUGGAAAAAUAGACCCACGUGUGUGAUAGUGGAUCCAGUGUGCAGCCACUGAGCGGUUUCUGUGGUGCUGAUGCAGCAACAGUUUCCUGCUCCUAUAAAAAAAUGUUCCAGUGACACACACACACACACACACACACACACACACACACACACAGAGCACAAUGAUGAGGUAAUUGUUGGUGAAGUCUGUUUUGUAUUGUAUGACAGCAGCUGCAAACCCGUUCACUUCCACUCAGAGAUGGAGGGAGGAGGUCUUUUUAUAACUCGGUUUAAACUUCAGAUUUGUAUUGUGUUUCUGUAAAUGUCAGAAACAGAUGUUCCCACGUGGUUAACAACUGUAAAUCCAGUUUUUUUCAUUUAGAUAAACAUGUCGUGUUUGACCUUAAAGGCCAGCCAGGUGAGUCACACCUUUUUUAGCGGAGUAUAUCCGUCUGUAUCUGCUUUAAAUCUCCCCCCACAGCUUCUUCAGCAGUCGUUUUUUAAAGCUUGAUAAACACUUUGCAGAAGCAGUGCAUUUUUACUGUGAUUACUCCGAGGGAGAAAAUGGGUUCUGGCUGCUUCCUCACACCUGUGUUUUUGUGUGUGUUCGCCUGAGGGAUGGAGGCUCCUGAGCUGCUUAUUUUAAUGAGAGCAUGCUCUGCUCAACCUCACAUGACUCUCAUUACUGCCCAGAGAGAGAGAGAGGGGAGGAAGAGACGGUCGGAGGAGGAAUGAAUGUUAAACACAUGCAGAUGACAACAUGAGAAUUGUCAGAUUCUUCUCUUUCCUUCUGUUUGCACUAAGACCGAUCAGCAGGUUUCACCAUCACAGAACUUUAAAAGAACAGAGGGUUAAAGACCUGAAACACCUAUGAGAGCUAGGGGUGAGCAGAUGAUUUGCAAAAAGACUUACAGCUUUAGAUUAAUCUGCUGGUUGAUUAUUUAAUCAUGCUUUACAUUUGGGCUGCAUAAUAUGGAUAAAAAAGUUACAUUACUUUUUUUUUCUUUUUACACAUUUUUUUCCACCUCCAUUUCAGCCUCUCCCUUGUAAACUGGGUCUGAUCUCUAUUCUCCACCUGCCUCAUGCCUUACAUUAAAGCAGGGCUGGGCAAUAUGGCCUUAAAUCAAUAUCAGGAUAUAUUGAGCAGUUCACCUGGAUAAUGAUAAAUGGAUGAUAACUACUCCACAAACUGCUCACCCCCUCCCACAUUAACUUCGUCUACUUCAGCCGCUGCUCCAGUUGCUACAAUGUUUGAAUCGUCCUCCAUCUCCUCACUUGUCUGUGUUGAAGACAGCGUCUUAAAGGGACAUGAGACCAUAGCCUACUUACACAAAUCCAAAACCAGCUUUUAUUUAUUUGUUUUUUGACACCAAAUAUACUGAUAUGGGCAAAAUGACAUCAGUUAAUGUCGUAAAUUUUGGUAUCCGUAAAUUUUCCAUUUAUCGCCCAGCCCUACGUUGAAGAGAGGCGAGGUGUGCUCUCCCUGCUUCUGGUUUUUGCAUUUUCUUGUGUCUGGGAAUUCACUCCUGUUAUGAUUUAUGUCAAAACAUUCUGGGAUUCCUAACAUCUUGGAUAUGGCUGGCAGCGCAACUUUUUAUCAACCUUUUUUACCUUAUUUUGACAAAAUCAUGAAUUUCAAGCAACCAGGGGCCCUUAUGGUUAAAAAAAUGAUAUACUUUGAAGUAAAUAUAAACAUUGUGGAGUGUUUGAGUGACUAAAUUUAAGACAAUUAGUAGAGCAGCUAAUAUAGUAGGGCUGGGCGAUAAACCAAAAAUGCCCAUAUCGGUAUAUUCGGUGUCAAAAAAAGAAAUAAAAGUUGGUUUUGGAUGUUUUGGAUGGAGGAAUGUUCAACAGUUGUAGCGGCUGGAGUGGCGGCUGAAGUAGACGAAGUUAAUGUGGGAGGGGGUGAGCAGCUUGUGGAGUAGUUAUCGUCCAUUUAUCGUUAUCGAGGUGAACUGCUCAAUAUAUCGUGAUAUUGAUUUGAGGCCAUAUCGCCCAUCCCUAAAAUAUAGAUUGGUGUUUGUUGGGUCUAACACUCUCCCAUUGUUAGAUUUACCCUCUAAGUUCCCCAAUUGAAGAAGCUGAACUCCAUCAAACUUAAGUGGUUGUAAUCUCAUUGUUUUUUUAAUCUCUGUUUAAACUCAAUCAAUCAUUUCUUCUGUUGACCAAAGGAUAUAAAAAGUGACCCACAAGGAUAUUUCCAAAGUUCAGCUGAGAUUUCUGAGACUCACUUUCUCUCUUUUACACUCAUCCCUGUUUGAACCCAAACCUUGAUUGUUUCCUGAACUACUUAUUUUGUGACCAAACCCCCGAGCUGCCCUCAUAGGAACUUUGGAGGUCUGUAAAUCAAGGGUUACCAUCCUCCGUCCAACUCUGCCCCUGAAACCUCAACACUAAGAUAAAACACGGUUAAGAGCGUAGUUUCAUGAUUAUUGUGCCUUUAACUGUAACAGACAGAAACGGGGCCGGUGUCAAUCUUCUCAUCUAACUCCCGGUAAGAAAACUAACAAGCGUUAAACCCACAUACUUCCCCUCCAGCCACUCCACCGUGUUCCCAAAGGUCUUAAAUACUCUAAGAAAGACCCUUUUGUGGUGUGCCGGAGCUGCAGACACCGCCCCCCCAGUCCCCAUAUAGUAGCCUGCCCCCGGCUGAGGAAGGGUUCAACAGAUCAGCUCCGGUCUAACACUGCUUAAACAGAGACCAAUGCCCAGUUUUAAUGCAUGUUGGCCUCACUUUGAAGAGAGACGCUGGAUCAAAACCCAGGACGGGAAAAUCUUUUCAAUUUGUGUAUGCGCCGCUUUAAUUGGAAAAUGCCUGGCUUUGAUUCACGCUGAGGUUCUCCUGAGGACAAAACUCAGGAAUAUUUUCACCUCUUUUACAUUUUCAGACUCCAUUCAUCAGUUACAGCUCUGUUGUUCCUGCAGCUAUCAGUGUUGUCAUAAAUUUCACAGGACUGAUGUGUAAAAUUAGGGUUCCUGUGCUCGAUCAGAUCUCAGAUCAGAUCUCAGUGUGGGGAGGAGACUUUCUCACCUGUUAUGUGAAUCUGUAUUUCAUUUCAACAUCUACACGAGCGAUCAAACUGAAUCACAAAAUCAAACCGUGUGCUUGUUAUGAGUGUUUGCAUAAAGAUGACAAAUACAGACAUUUAACUGAAUGAAGCAGCGCUGAUUUGGAGCUCAGCUGUCUGCUUGGUAUGCUGUUUGUUGCUGCACUGAAGCUGCUAUGGAGGUUGUGUAUUAUUUCAGCUUAUCCUGAAGUAUGCAUGGCAAAAUGCCGCUUGCUUUUUCACCGUUCAUAAACCUGAUUUUUAGUGUUGAUUAAACCUUUUUUGGUGAGGUUACACUUCCUUAUCGGAGUAUCGUUUCGUGCAGAAACGAAGUCCACAGUUGAAGUGUUUUCUCAGGACGUUUUUCUGGCCACACCUGCUGCUGGAGGAGAGGUCAGGUUCAGAGGGACUCUGUGGGUGUUUCAGGGACAUUUCUUCAACAGAUUCAUUCACCAAAAACCAGAAUCCAAACAGGAAAUCUCACAGAAUUCAUCAUAUUGAUAAUAAACACACAUUUUUAUUCAGUUCUCAGCACAUCUUAAGAGAUCAAGUGAUGCAAAGAUUGAGAAUUGGAGAUAAUGUUUAGUAAACAGGUGGUUCUGCUAGUUAGAAUCCAGCAGGGUGAGCAGGAUUCUGUCUCAGAGGUCUUGCUCGCCAUGAAGGAGUGUCAGGAUUAGAGUGCAGCUCUGUGCAGCAGAAGGAGAUGCUAACAGCUCAUCAUUCAGACACAAAACAAAGCUACAGAACUUUGUGGAAACAUAUUUGUACUUUUAUAUAAUUCCUGUGUUUUGUAAAUAAACUGUUAAGACUGAGCAGAUAGUGUGGGGUAAAUGCUGCACAAUUCCUGGCACUGUAAGUCGCCACAAUCCAAAAGCAAAGAAGACCAUCAGGGACCCGACUGAUCAUGUGUAUGCUGUAGAGAGCAGUGUUUGUGAUCAGGAAACCCUGUAAAUAGAAAUAAAACCCAAAAUGAUUGUGACGUUUGUUUGUUUUAUUUGUCCUUACUUAGUUUUUUCCUCAUACAAUUCUUUCUUUUACAGUUAAAGGGCACUUCUCCAGUUUUUUAAAACAAAGGACAGAACUUGUUACGACACGUUCACACCAAGUGCAAGUGAAAUCAUCUGUAUGUUGACGCACAAAUUAUGCGUAUUUACUAACUCUAUUCACAAGAAUCAUUAGUCCAUUCGCUCCAAUCGCGUGUCAACAGACUGCUUAGAAGCCAUGGAUAGCCGUUUGUGCUAAUUCCAACAGUGACCCUUGCCAAUUCAACCUGCAGGAUCAAGACAUAGACAACGUUUCAUUUUUACAAUUAACCAGGUAAUUCGACCUCCUCACUCACUUUCCUCUAGGCAAGCUUCUUUUUAUUCCUGUUUUUAUUUAAAAAACAAACAGCUAUGGGUACCCACAUAUCGACACAAUAAGGUAGUAAGGUAAUAAGGUAGUUGAGGUAUUAUCAACUACCAUGAGUUCACGUCAUUCGUUCAAAUGACUCGCUCAAUUCGCGCAAAAAACUCGCUCAAUUCAAGCGACUGACUUGCUCAAUCCCCAUCAUUUGCGCUGCCAGAGUAGUAUGAGCGUCUAAUCUUGCUUUGCAUUGACUUUACACGUUAUUCAUUUGCGCAAACGAUUCUCCUCGCGCUUGGUGUGGACGCCCCUUCAGGGUUUUAUAUUCGCGGACUCACUGCACUGUAAGUACAACGUGAGGAAACACAGAUGUGGUUUUAGUGUGAUUCUUUCAGUGGUUCAGAACUUUCACAUUUUAGACUUAAUCUGUUCACAACACCCUCUUUUUGUACCAAGCUAAGAAGUUUUCCUAAGAUUAUAGAGUCAGUAGAGGAACAAAGGGAGAAUCCUUGUUUUGGACUCUUAACUAAUAAAGUAAUGAAGACCAUCCUUCUGUUUGUUAGUGAGUGAGUGUGUGAGACAGACUUUGCUGUUAGAAAACCACUAAAGGACCCCUGAGGCUGCUCUCCUGAUCACUCCACUGAUAGAUUUUGGGCAUGCCAGUCAAAAUUCACCAUGGAAACAGUGUCCUCUACUGUCAAUAAGCUCCGCCCCCAGCUUCCUUUGAAGAUAACUAACAGGAACCUCUGUCUGAUGUGCUCCAUUUGAACCUUUAUUGCAAUUAAGCAGAAAGCCCUGCAGUCCAGUUAAUGCAGUGACUAUUGAAGUCCAACUAUUGACCCGACUGUUUACAGAGCUGAGUGCCUCCCUCUCUGGACUGAAUCCAUUUAAAGAAACGAGUGUUGGCCAUUAGUUAAUUAUCUACAGCCUGGUGAAAGAGAGAAGAAGAAAGAGUGAUGUGUUUGACUCCUGAUGCUGCUCCCAUUGAGCACUUUGUGGUUAGUCGAUGUAUUUUCUUCAUAAAAGUUUUAAUGCCUUAAACUUUACGAACAUUUGAAGAUCUUCAAGUUGAAAUAACCAAAACAUGUAGGGGUUAAAAGGACGUGGGAAAACCAGGGUCUUUAAACCACCUCAGGAUUUAUCCCUCUCUCUGACUCUGGCUGGAUCAUUAUUCUCUAAAUACGACAUGAAUGUGCGUGUUGUUGUUGUUCGUGCUAAUCGUUAUGUAACCCCGUCAGUCAAAUGGAGACUGCAGACAUCAGCGUCUGUUUUUUUUACGAACAUGUGAAACAGUUUAAAGGUUUUCUCCAGGUGCGCUCUCGCAGUCUCAGGUUCAGAUGGAAAAUCCCGGCAGAGAUGAAGAUGCUCGUUUAUUUGAGGAGUCAGCUCUGACUGAAGUGUCGCUCCCUGGAGACGGUGUGGUUUAGUGAUUUGGACUCAUCGCUGUUUCUGUUUCUGCUGUCUCUACAGGUUUUUGGAGAGGACUCUGAGGUUCAUCUCAGCAGCUGCUGCCAAAUUCCACACCAGAGGUCAGUCUGUUUGAAACUCUUCAUACAUUUGCUCUGAAACACGCCAACACCAAAUGAACUUUGAAUGACUUUUCUUAUUUCUCAGCUGUUUCUCGUAUUAUCCAGAGUGAGUUUUUGAAUAUUGGAUGCACAGGGAUUCACAUUACGUCAUCAGAUAACCUUCUGCAUCAUUAUGGCCACGAUAGUAAACACACUUUUGAAGGUUGUGAAAUUAAGAAAUCUGGUUUCUGCAGAAAAAGAUCAUUAUUGGGGGUAAAAUAUCAUUUUGGUGUCCGUGUAUAAGUUGGUUUUACCGCUGGAUUAGCUGUAACUCCCAGACAACUCGGCUCUUACAUGCACUUUCUUUAAAGUGACCAUACGCCCCAUUUUACCCGGACAUGUCCUCUUUUUUAGGGGGUUUCUGGCCUGUAUAACUUUGUCCAGGGGAGUUUAUAAAACCUUUCAAAUGUCCAGGUUUUUUUAUGGAAAUUUUGAGCGACUCAACCUGAAAAACCCUUAAAAUUUACUACGCGUGACUCCACAACUCCACCCCGCUUAGUAGUGUCCUCUUUUUGGGGAUUCAGAAUAUGGUCAUCCUAACUUUUUCAAAACUCUGUAUCAUCUCAUCCGACCUUUUCUAUCUGCAUUGUGUAAUAGCGUAGUGUAGAAACAGUGUGACUUGACUUCACGCCAAAAAGGUAACAGUAAAACCGUCAAUUUAACAUAAAAGUUUGUGACAUGACUGAAGAGACUGUCUGAGGCUUGACUCAGUCUGGAUUCGUCCCUCAGGAGAUGUGGGACUCUUUUGGUUUUCAGAACAAACAAACUGGGUUUCCUGCUUUUCUUGCUGUGAUAUUAUUGCAGUUCCUGUCACCUGUUUGUUAUGAGUGGAAACACAAGCUGUGUCUGUGGCGCCUAUUGUUCCGGCCAGGUGUUCCCUUCACAUCCCUGCUUCAGAUCACAUUUAUGCCUCUGACUGUUUACCACCGCAGCAGCAGAAUAAAAGCAUCUUAAACAGAGAACCAAAGAGAAUGUGUUUAUCAUGUGAUUGUACAAAUAAAAUCAGAACUCGAGCUGCAUGCCUGAACUAGCUCUCAGACUUUGUGAGUCGGCUGUCGUUACUCUGGACUCUUUCACUUCUUAAAAAUGACAAAAACUUGGCUGAAAUAAAGUAGUUGAGGUCUGUGCAGAGAUUGUUACAAACUCUAUAAACAUCGACUCUUAAAUAGGAUAAUGAAUGCCACUGUUUUGAUGAACUUCAGACUAUGAUCGUUUCUCAUUGAGUUGUUAGUCUUUACAGAGUUUUAAAACCAGGUCUUUAGGAGCUUAUAUCAGAACUUCUUCAAUCUUGACCUAGCCUGAAUGAAUUAACUCUACAGCCUGAUAAUAACAGAAGAGACGUGGACUGUGAAGGUAUCAGGGGGUAUCUGGAACUUUAGACACUGGCAGCAGAUCCUUGAAGUAGGACUGGGCGAUUAUAUGAUCAUGAUUAAUGAUUGUGAUAAAUUUCAGUUCGAUCACGGUGAUCAGCUGUCAGCAUAUUUACUCGAUCAAACAUGGCGGAAAUGUGCGUGACAACAGCCAAUCAGAGUCGAGCUUUUCCUGCUCACUCGUGUAAGUUGCCGGAGAAAUAAACAGGGGAAGUAAACAGAAUGACCGAACGUGGAGCUAAACGCGGAGCUGAGGGCAGAAAAAUAGAUGUCAGCCAUGAGUUUGAGUCGUCCUCCAAAGAUGCCAAUUUUGAGAAGAAAAGUUAUUCAAUGUCAGAUGUUUGGCGGUGGUUCGGGUAUCUCCUAAGUGACGUCGAGCAAUUAAGCCGAUGUGCAAGGUAUGUCGUGGUCGGCAACCCAACAGAUCUUUUUAAUCAUUUGAAGAAGUACUUCCCGAGUGAUUAUGCCGAAGUAGGAUUAGCAGUUUAGCCACAACUAGCGGUGCAGCCACCAGACCAAAGCAAUCAAUCCUAUCAUCUACGUUUACAUCAUCUAACUUUUACAUUUUAAAGUGUCUUCAUUUUCCCUGAGGGGGCGAUUUGUUUAUUUUGGGUUAAAAAUAUGUUAAAAACAUGUUGAACUAAUCUCUAGUUUCUUUAGUUUGUCGUACAGAUGCUUUAAAGCUGCCAGUUUAAAAAAAUACAAAAAAAUUGUGGUAACAAUCGAGAUCAGAUGAUAUGACAAAACAUAUCGUGAUCAUUUAUUUUUUUUGCCAUAUUGCCAAGUCCUACUUUGAAGUCAUAAAAGUUGUGAGGUAGAGCCUCCAUGGAUUAGACUUUGCUAUCCAAGCAGAUGUCCUGCAGAUGUUCAAUUGGACUUAGAUCAGGGGGAUUCGGUGACCAUCAUGCUCCUCCAAAACCUCUGUGGUUCAGUGCUGGCGCUUUCAAAGGUGAGCAAGUGUCAACAUGGGCAUUAGAUUGGCUCACACCGGCUAGUCUUCUCUCGACAUUAAGACCUGGUCCCUGGUUCACCCAUUUUCUCCCCUUGGACCACCUUUGGUCUGGACUGACUCCUUACAAAAGCUGCAGUUUUGGAGACCUUGACCCUGUCAUCCUUCUUCAGCCACCAAAGUUCAUAUCUGCCUGUAGGUGCCAUUGUGAUGAGAUAACCUCUGUUAUUCUCCUCACCUGUCAGCGGACGUGGAGUCAGUUUUACCUCGAUCCCUCAGGACUACUAUCAGGAACAUAUGAAGUCUUUUAAACCUCCUCCUGGCACCGCCUCGCUCACACUGUAUUGUCAUUAUCUGCCACACGUACUGACUCCUGCAGUUUGUUUAUUAUCUGAAUGAAGUAGGAAAUCGGGGGCUGCGUGUUUUUCCAAUAUGGAGAAAAACAAUGGGCUGAAAAAUAAUGAGAGGGACCACCUGUGAAGGUCAUUUGAACGUGGAAACCCCCUCUGAAGAUAAACAGAGCGAUCGCUCAUGCCAGGGGAUGUCUUCCUGUUAUCUCAUGUUUGUUUUUGACGACAGAAACAAACUUUAAAGCUCAAACAGACUUUUUUUUUUAAUGACAAAAGCCUGAAAUGUGUCUCUGUGUCUGCGUAAGUGCGCUCCGAGGUUGUCUCAUUUGUUCUUGAAACAUGAGAUGUGUUUUUAUACAUCCUGCCAUGUCAGCUCUUAUCCAGACAGAUUUUUUCCCCUCUCUCUGCAAGACUUUCUGACAGGUUUUUUUUUUCUUUUACGACAAAAUCGCUCCUCUUUUUGUCCUUGAGAAAAAGAAGUCUCCCAGCUCACUUUCCUUCCCGAAACCGGCCCGACAAUAGCAGCACACUUCUUCAUCUCUCAGCUGUCCACCUCUUUGUUUUGUCCUCGCCGUCUCCCUUUCACUCGCUGCUCCCCACACAAGCCGUUAACAGGAUUUUGGCAAGAAAGAUGAUUUCACUUGAUACUUUGAUUAUCUGAAACCCUAGAGGGGUCUGGUGCCAGCCUCUCCCGCCGGUGCUUACAUUUGAUUUUGAGCAGAGUAUCAAGUUUUAUCUCCGUUUGCCCACAACGGCCACGUCUCUGCCCCUGGGGGGUGUGAGGAUAAAGAGGCCAGCCAGGUCUCGGUUUGCAGGGGGGGAGUUAGUGUCACAGCCGCGGGGAAGUUGGGAUUAAACUGCACUCAUCCAGAGCACAAAACAGGGUGAGAACAAUGGUGUUAACCCCCCGGAGAAAAGGGCCACAUACCAUCCAAAACCAGCCCAGCAGAGUGACUGAUUUCCUAAGUCUGGAGAAAAGAAGUACGGGGAUUUGAAGGGAGGGACUCCUCUCCUGUGACCCCCCUGUGUUUACGACCCUGGGGCUGUUUGCAGGGCGAAGGUGGGGCUGGAAAUGUUUAAAUAUAAUGGAGACUGUGUCAGGCCUCAGGGGAUGAAACUCUGCAGAGGUACUGGGGCUCCUAAAGACUCCCAAGUGUGAGGAAUGUAGACUCUGAAGUGGUAUUACACGCAUUUCACUUGUUUGAAUAUUUCAAGUUUUUAAAGCAGUUAAACGAUAAACGGGCGAUAAACCGAAAAACUUAACGAAUACUGAUUUUACGCAAAAUUUUAGCUUGUUCAUACUAAAACAGACUCUACUUUCUUAGUCUUGCCCAAUAGGUCAUGUGAUAGGGAAACAGUCUGGUUUUGGUGUCAACAAGGUAGGGCGGGGUGGUUAACCGAAAAAUUUACCGAUACCGAAAUUUACAGCAAAUUAAUGAUGGAGGUGGUGAGCAGCUUGUUGAGUAGAUAUCAUUCAUUUAUUUUUAUUGAGGUAAACUGCUUAAAAUAUCGUUCACCUAUAUCAUGAUAUUGAUUUGAGGCCAUAUCAUGCAGCCCUAAUUUCUAGUGAAGUUUAGGCGCCCUACUACCAGGAUGUAAACAAGCACAGAGAUUUCAUUGUAAUCCAUCUGUUUUUGUCGAAUUACAUCCAAAUUUAACAGUUUUCAGAGUGUCUAAUUAACUUUAAAGACAUCCUCAUAUGGACUUGAUGUACUAAUGGGGUGCUCACACUAAGCGUGAGUACAAUCAUCAUUUGCUCGAAUCUAGACACACCAAUGAAUAGUAAUAAUUUUCGCGUCAAUGAUAAUUUUAGUGGUAAUCCCGCCAAUUCAACCAACGGGAUCAAGUGAUAGGCAAAGGUUUUUUACAGUUUACCAGGUAAUCUGACCUCCUCACUCACUUGACUCCAGGCGAGUGCGUUUUUAUCCCGGUUUCGGUAAUUGAAAGAAAAGGUAUCAUAUAAUUUGGGGCACCCACACACACCGACACUGUCAGUUUGUUCUCCAUUUUGGAUACCAGUUAACAACCGUCCGUUUUCAUACGUCAUGUGGCAGCCUUCUGCUGAUUAAUUGUCAUGACGGGAAUAUCAGCUCAAGUUGAGACAUUUUCAGCUCCCGCCCUAAUCCCGUCUAAUCGCGUCUUAGCAUUGACUUACCAUGUAAUUCAGUUGCAGGAAUGAUUUUACUUGCGCUUCGUGUGUGGAGACAGUUAUACGAUCAAAAAUGUAUGAACUGAUGAAUUGCCAUUGAGUAACUUGGCAGCUUAAGCAGAUAAACAUGUCUGCAGCAAUUCUCGCAGCUCCAAGAGGCUGUUCAUUUUGUGUUUAUCAGCCCGAGCCAAAAGCCUUUUAAUGAGACACUCAAAAACAGAAUAAAGUUAAUGCACCUCCUCAUAGAAGAAAACACCCUGAGUACCUGUUUGUGUUCAAUCUCUAGCCGCCUUUCUUUCUCUGUUUUCACACAACAAACAUCAGUACUUGUCGUUAUCACUCUUCGCUUGUUAUCUGUGUCUCUUGGCCUCUUUAAUCCUGAUCAAAGAUGGCGUUCACACAGAGGCCAAGCAGGCACCAGCAGCACAGAACAAUCUUUUCACAAGAUGGCUAUCCACUAACCCCCCUUCCUCUCCUCCUCGCCCUCCUCGCCUCGUCUGUCUGUCUGUCUGUUGCGGUCCACUCUCGACCACCCACUUUGAGGCCGGCCUGUGAUACGUCAGAUUGUCUUUGUUUUCCGUCACCCUCUUAACCCUGGUGCCGCGGGCCCGCCAUGCGAGGGCUGUUAUGGUCAACAUGAGAAGACAAGGGACUGUUGACCCCCGCCUUCCUCCUCCUCGCAGGCACAGCUGAAGAAUUAGGCCGCCGCCUCCUACCGCGGCGACUCCUGCUCACCUCACAGACCGCUCCGAGUGUAUAAACAGAUGUUUCCAGGGGGAACAGUUGACCACUCGCACUGUGAUCAAAUGGAGGUGUGCAUGUUUAGUGUGCCCAGCUCCACAUGUGUUCAUGUGUUCGCUGCUCUGCCGUGUUUUUAUUAUGUUCUCUGUAUGUAUUCAGACUCCAAUAAGACUCCUGGGAGGGCUCUAAUUGUUUUCUUUGCCCUCUUAAGGCUCUACAGUUCCUCCGUCUUUUCCAGAGGUGUUAAAACUCUCGACAUGUCCGCUCCACACCUCCUGCAGGUGAACUCCCCUCUGAUUCAAAGCUGUGGGAUCUCUUUAACUCUCAGCUCUCGGCGCCGUUAUCCUUCUUUCCCUCCUUCUCUCUUUCCCACGCUCCUGUCCCGCUUCCCCCGGAGCUCAGUGUUGGGAUUUCCUCACCUUCAACACAUCCGUGUGUUUAUGCUCCAGCUGUACUCCCCACAAAGUUCAUAAAUUAGCAAAAUAAGCCUGGGAGAUAACUCUCUCACACCAAGAUGUGCUGAAGUAGAAGCAGCGUUGACACGAGGGUAACGGGUAAAAAUGAUGUGGCGUGACCCUGUGGGGGGAACUAUAUCUUUCUCCAGACCUUAGCUGUCCUCUUAUAUUAAUGGAGUUGGUGUGAUGUACAUGAAUAAGGCACUAAGGUUGUAAGAAGAUACCAAACAGCUGAGCACUUUUUUUUUUUGCAGCAGCAGUAGAGUGAUGGAUGAUGUUUCUUUAUGCGAGUUUCAGUUAUCGCCUUCGACUUGGAUGUUGAGGCAUGAGUUUGAAUUCGGUCAAAAAAUUGGAGUAUUUCAAGUAUUGAAAGCUGGAGUAGAGGCUAACUUUACACUAAGGUGAUCAUACGUCCUCUUUUACCUGAACAUGUCCUCUUUUUUGGGGGCUGUCCGGCCUUGUCCGGGGAAAGACACUUGAUCCGACCCGAAAAACUCUCGAAAUUAACUUUGUGCGACUCUGCCCCCACGUAGUCGUGUCCUCUUUUUGGGAAGUCAGAAUAUGGUCACCCUAUUUACACAAACGCAUAAAUGUAUCACAUUAAGGCUGCACGAUAUUGGAAAAAAAUAAUAUUGCGAUUUUUUCAACCCUGCGAUAUAUAUUGCGAUAUUAAAAAUACAGUAUUUUCACCAGAUGACCUGAAUAGCACUUAAUGUUAUGCUGCACUGCUGAAAUCUUGAGGACAGUUAAUCUGCUCUGAUCUUACCUAACUGACGUCAUUUUGCUUAUUAGUACUUGAGCCAAGAACAAAAAUUUCACAUAUCGGUACCACCUGGGUGGGCAAAUUCUAGUUCUAGUUUUUUAUUGCUAUACAUCCCUACAAUAAGUUUUUAUAUGAUAGACCUUGGUAACUGGUAGCUUUAUUGUAGUUAUCACUCAUUAAAGUAAUAGAGUGCAGCUGUUCAAAAAUGAAAAAUCGCCUUCCUUCAAAAUUAGCUUUCUUUCAUUUUAACCUCUCAUUUCGGUGUGUUUGAACUAUUGGCUAGCCAUAGAGACUUGUAAUAACCCCCUAAGUAGUAUUUCAAGUAUUUUAUCUACUACAGGUGUGUAUAUAUAAGCUUCAAUUAGCCAAUUGUCAGGUCUAAAUCAAGGUCUAAAUUAAGGAUAUUUUUUUACUUAGAAGUAGAAGUUAAAUAAAUGCAGACUAAUAGCAUCAUAAUAACACAACUUUAAUAUGACACUGACAUAUUUUAAAUGCAGGCACUCAAUAAACAAUCCUCCUGGCUGGUACAGGGCAAGAAGACAUUAGCAACAAAAUAAGAUCUACUGAUGUAUACACUCUAUACAAUCAUCUGAGAAAAACUCAAAUUCCUAUUCAAAGUCCUAUUCUUUCCAUAAGGAACAGUGACAGCAAAUAUGACAAGUUUUGGCUUAGUACAUAAUACUGUCACUGAGUCACAGUGGGUCUGUUAACAUAGCUCCUUUUGGUCAUCGUUUAUUAAUCAACAUCAGUAAUCGACAUCAGUAUCUGUAUCUUCUUCUACAUCUGAAUCUGCCGGUGUGCAAGGGGCUCUUCCUCACUGUACUGGUUGGCACAAGUUUGUAAUUUGCACAGGUUUGUGCACUUCAGCCCAUUGCUGAGACAAGUGCAGUCUGGUGGUUUGCAUGUCCUCACACACUUGCAGGAUAGCAACUGCAAGACCGCAUCUGGUGCUGGGGAACCACGCAUCCACUGUAUUUCCAGCUGCCCUUAGUCAUUUAUGGUCCACCCAUGGUCCUUGGGGCUUGGUACAGAUGGCUUGGUAUGAAGAGACCGUCUCCAGAUAGCAGCCUGGUAGUUGGCAUGAAUCGAAUGCAUUAAUAGGCAAUCCUGAGAUGGUGGAAGCUGGCUGGACUCAACUUUAGCCAAGGUCCUGCAUGAAGGUGGUGAUAGUGAAAGGAUUGACAUUGUCUUUGACGUUUACAAGGACAUGUCAAUCAAAAAUUCAGAAAGACUAAACAGAGGUGCAGACAUGGGGAUCCAGUUCAGAAACAUUGCUUCUGUCCACAAUAUUCAGCAGUGGAGGAAACUUCUCUGCAGCCCUGCCAACAAAGCCAGUCUCAUCAAGUUCUUGGUGGAGGAAUGGAGUUUUUCUCAGAUGAUUGUAAAGAGUGUAUACAUCAGUAGAUCUUAUUUUGUUGCUAAUGUCUUCUUGCCCUGCACCAGCCAGGAGGAUUGUAUAAUGAGUGCCUGCAUUUAAAAUAUGUCAGUGUCAUAUUAAGGUUGUGUUAUGAUAAUGCUAUUAGUCUGCAUUUACUUUACUUCUACUUCUAAGUAAAAAAAUAUCCUUAAUUUAGACCUUGAUUUAGACCUGACAAUUGGCUAAUUGAAGCUUAUAUAUACACACCUGUAUUAGAUAAAUUACUUGAAAUACUACUAAGGGGGUUAAUACAAGUCUCUAUGGCUAGCCAAUAGUUCAAACACACCUAAAUGAGAGGUUAAAAUGAAAGAAAGCUAAUUUUGAAGGAAGGCGAUUUUUCGUUUUUGAACAGCUGCACUCUAUUAUUUUAAUGAGUGAUAACUACAAUAAAGCUACCAGUUACCAAGGUCUAUCAUAUAAAAACUUUAAAAAAAAAAACUAAACUUAAAAAGUACUAUGAUACCUGAAAGAACUGCUCCACCAUCAAACUGGGCCACACCCACUUCAUCAACUCAUUUAAUUAGACACAGGUUUGAUUCAUUUAUAGAAAAGAGCAGUGUGACCCAAAAAGAGAAUGACUUUUAAUGUGCUUUUGACUUUCUGUGUUGCUUUUGGAGUUAACAAAAAUUCGCUUAUUGAGGAAAAUAACAAAAUGAGAAAAAAUAUAAAAAGCUACCCCUAUGAAAAGUCUAUCAUAUUUUAAUUUACUUAUAUUGACCCUAAAAACAAUUUAGUAUAUGUAAGGUUUUGCCCACCCAAGUGGUACCGACAUGUGGUCCGGCUCAAGGACUAUAUGUCAGUGUAUUCGGUGUCAAAAAUAAAAAAUAAAAGUUGGUUCGAAUGUGUCAUAAAUUGCGGUAUCAGUAAAUUUUGGGUUUACCGCCCAACCCUAUGAUAAAGCGAGGUGAGGUGUGCUCUCCUCGCCUCUGUUUUUUUUUUUUUUGCAUUUUCUUGUAUCUGGAAAUAAGACUUUAUGUCUUGCGCAAAGCAUUCUGGGAUUCCUGACAUCUCCAAUAUGGCUGGCAGCUCAUCUAUUGAUCAACUUUUUCCCCUUAUUUUGACAAAAUCGUGAAUUUAAAGCAGUUAGUGUCAUAAAUGGUUGAAAUAAGUGAUAAACUUUGAAAUAAACAAAGAUGGAGGAGUGUAUGAGUGACUAAAUUUAAGAUAAUGAGCAGCUGAUAUAGAAGGGCUGGGCGAUAAACCGAAAAUUUACUGAUACCGAAAUUUACGACAAUAACUGACAUCAUUUUGCCCAUAUCGGUAUAUUCGGUGUCUAAAUCAAUAAAUAAAAGUUGGUUUUGGAUGUGUGUAGGUAGGCUAUGGUCUUAUGACCCUUUAAGAUGCUGUAAGUUAACGUGGGAGGGGGUGAGCAGCUUGUGGAGUAGUUAUCGUCCAUUUAUCGUUACUGAGGUGAGCUGCUCAAUAUAUUGUGCAAUUGAUUUGAGGCCACAUCGCCCAGCCGUAGAACAGGGUUUAAACUGUCUCCCUGUGUGACUUGUUGCAUUGCAUCCAAUAAAGUGAGCAAUGAGCAGUUUUCGUGCAGCUGUGUAGCUGAUCUGAUUUGAUUUUGUUGAUUACAGUCCUUAAUAUCAGAAUCUGGAGAAAUCUCAUUUUACAAAAACUAAUAUUUGAGACCCAAGAACUAUAAAAACUCUGAGGCCACACCCAGCCCUCAUCAGACUGUGUGCUGGAUGUUAAACAUCUGCCUCCUCCUGCCUGCUGAUGGGGCCUUGAUGCAGCUGGGCCCUUGAAGUGGCCAGAUGGUCGUAGCUGCUCCCUCUGUGGCAUUCAGACCCGGCUCAGCUUUCUCUGGCUGCACAGAGAGAUGGAUGUAACAGUGACAGCUCCACCACAUCCAUCUGUUUAUUCAAUGCUUGUGUUUUUUUUACAGGACAUACCUGAUGUGUUUACAAGUUUCAAAAAAAUGGUAGACUGUUUACAUCCAGAUAUUCUGCCGUUUGUUUUGCCCUCUACGGAGUUUUCCGUGUAAUCCACAUCUGACUCCACCACACAGAGAGCUGUCAUUAUAAUUCACCACAACUGGAAACUCUUCAGAGCCAAAUAUUCCAUCUGUUCGUCCCUCGCCGUCACUUCUUUCCACGUCGGCUUUGCAUGGUGAACCCUGCGCACCGUCUUCAGGGCAGCGUGAUAACAGAGUGAUGUAACAGCUUCAUGCAGCUGAGAGUGAAAACAGGUGGAGAUAAAACCCACAUACAGAUAUCCGAGGCACGUCCGGGAACCAAGUGUAUCAACGCGAGCCAAAUCAGACAUUUGGUUUCAGUGAAAUGAUAUCACUUCCUUCCUCUUUUUAACUUUACAGCUCUGUUGAGCCAAAGCCUCUGCACACCUGAGUAACCUGGGCUCAGUUAUAGGAAGAAAAAACAUCUAUAAAGUCAGAGAGGCUUAAGUCUUCAGGGAUAAUGCCAGUCUGUGUUCCCUAAUGCAUCUUAUCUUAUCAUCCAAAAGAUCCAAUUUGAAACCAUACAGGAACCCUCAGUCCAAAAACUGAUGAGAAGAAUCGAGUGAAAAUUAACCGGCAACUUUAAAAAAGUCAAAAUAAAACAUCACAAGUAAUUGAUAAACUGAACCAAUACUGUGAGGAAGAGGCAGGACCAAAUUAACAGUCACCUCCUUCCAACCCUUCUUAAAUACAUCAUAUAUUAACUAUUAUGAAACUGUAAUAUUUUUACAUGUUUGACUCUAUGCUUUUAGUUGUGUUCAAGACAAAUAAAAAAUACUUGUAUCGAGUCAUAUGUCAUAUCAUAUCCAACCAUGUUCAAUCAUAUCCUUGUUUUUACUUUGGUAUUGUACCAUAUUGAGUCGUAUUUUAAUGCUUCGUAUUUUAUCUCUCCGAUCAUACCAUUUUGCAUAUUACCUUUUCAUGUUAUAUCAUAUAUCAUAUUAUAUCUCUCAGAAAUGUCCUGUAUUGUGCUAUUUUAUACCAUAUCAUAUCAAAUGAUAUCAUUUUCUAUUUUCUCUUGUUGUAAUGUAUUAAACUGUAUUGUGGUGUAUCAAAUCAUAACAUUUCACAUCGUAUCGUAUCAUAUCAUCCAUAUCGUAUCAUAUUUUAUUAUAUCAUCACCCUAUUAAAAUAAUGGCCCAACUCAUUUUCAUCAAAAAAUGUCUAAGGCCAUUAUUUUAAUAGGGUGAUGAUACAUAUUCAUAGAUUGUAAUGUAUAUUAUAUUGUUUCAAAUGAUAGUGUAUGGUGUUUUAUUGGGCCAUAUUGUACCAUAUAUUGCAAUAUUUAUCGUAUCGCAUCAUUUGUCAUAUCGUUCAUGUAUCGUAUCAUUUAUAGUAUCGUAUAUUGUAUCGCAUAUCGUCUCUUAUAAAGUAUCAUAUAUGUAUCAUAUCAUUUAUUGUAUCAUUUAUCAUAUUGUUUUUUUCAUUUCGUAUAUCGUAUCUUAUCAUAUCAUUUAUCGUAUCAACUUGUAUCAUAUGGUAUUGUAUCAUAUAUUGUGUAUCGUAUCGCAUUGUAUCGUAUCGACUCGUAUGGUAUGGUAUUAUACCGUGCCAUAUCCUAUGGUAUGGUAUCGUAAAUUAUAUCAUUUAUCGCAUCCCAUAGUUUCGUAGCAUUACGUCACAUCUUAUUGUGAGUUUGGUACAUUGAUCCAUUCCUAUUGAUCAAACAUGGUACUUUAGCUUCUUAACUUGAAUUUAUUGAUUUAUGUUUACAUUUAAUAAACUAAAUAAUUAAUGAAGUUGUUCGUUCGAUCAUAGAGACAGUCGUCAGUUUGCUUCAAUCGGAAUCAAAUAAAUAUUUUUGUUUCCAUGUAAACUUCAGGGCUUUAAAUGGGAGAAAAUAUCUUAGGUAGACAUGAAAUGAAAAUGGCUUGUAAAGUUUUAUGUUAUUGAUUGAAGAAUUUUGAAAUCGCAGACAGAAAAAAACAAGAUUUUCAUGUUUUCAGUCUCCCCAUAAAUCCCCUUUUUCCAUACGUCUUAGCUGUCAAGUGGAUUUAAACUCCCCCACCUGUUAUCUGGCUGUUAUCAGUCUCCACUCUGCUUUCCUUCACACUCAUCCACUUUCCUCAGAUCUACCAGACACUAUUGAUCAGAGUCGACACAGAGAGAUGAAUCACUGGACGGGUUUUCUGUCGAACCAGCAUGAAUGAUGUUGGAGCCUGGCGUGUAUGUAUGGGUUUGAAUGAGCUGCAGCGAUUGUGAGUGCUGAGGAUCUUUCCCGGCUGUUUCGUCUGAUCCUUUUGGUCUUUGAUGUGAGGGUCUGCGAUGUGUCCGAGCUCCUGAGGCUGCCAAGAGGAAUCUCACGGAGCGUCUUCGUGCGGCACGGACGCCUUUCCAUAAGUCUGUAACGUGAUCUGUGGUCAGUCUGUCUGAUCUGUAUCUACGUCUCUAAAUCAGAAACACCAGCCGUUUGAGCAAACUCAGGCAUCGCUCGGCUUUUGGGUUUAUUUCAACAUUUUCUGUCCUUCCUAAAGGGACCAAUCAUAACACCCCAAGCUGUAAAAGAUGAUUUUCCUCAUCCUAAAAGUUCUUUUCUGGUUACUUUAAAGUGAUAAAAGACUGAUUAGGUUGUCUUAAAAUACUUUUUACUCAGCCUUCAUAAUUUCAGUCUUUAAACUUGGUGUUUGCUGUCCAGAGCUCUCAAAACCUUUGGAGGAAUAUAAAACCUUGAGACUUAAUCUGUAAAGUUUACAGUAGCUGCACAGUAAAGAAAAGUUAUACAGGAGCAGUAAAAACAGCAUCUGAGGAGGUCAGGGCUUAGCUACCAGCCAGUUUUGUUUUUGCUGAGAGAGAGGCCUUUUCCAGAUAUUCUGGAAAUUUAAGGGGACUUUGUGUGGCUUUAAAACGGCCAAUUAACCUCUUCCCAUCCAGCUGAAAACCACAGGGUGGGGAUGAGUCACCAGGAUUUAUUAGGAGCGGGUCAAAGGAGAGGUUUUAUUAGCUUCAGGAUAAAUGCUUCUGGGCUGAAAGGACCUAUUCCUGAACUUCACUUCCAUUCAAACUGAUAAGAAAGGCCUCUUCCUCUGGCUCAGAGUUUCUGGCCGGUCUAUCAGCAUCUCUUCCUGUUUGAGUCUGCCUCUUUUUUCCCCCUGUCUUCAUAUGGAACUAAUUUGUCCGCUCGGUGCGAAUGAACACAAAAGUUAGAGAAACGCUGCAGCUGACUGUAGAGUUGGCCAAAUGCACCCGAUGCUGCUGUAAGCAAUCCUGGGACACUCUGCUCCCAUCAGCCACAGAGGUAAUCCAUUAGUCAGACGAGGAACCAUCUGCUCCAUCAGGCAGUUAACUGGGCAUCCAGCAGCUAUCUCAUCUGGCAGUCAGAUAUCUGUUGUUAACCGAGGAGGGAUGUAAGACAAGCUGCAUGUGAUCUGAUUCAUGUAGUGGGUUUUGGACUGGGGGAACAAGACUUCACUUUAAAUUUACACACAGACUACACACUGCAAUGAUUUAAACAUGAAGUUAAGUCCAAAAACUCUUCGGCAAACUUUUGGUUAAACAAAAAAGAUUAUGUAGCACAUAAAUGUAGGGCUGCACGAUUAAUUGAUUUUGAAUCAUAAUCAGAUUAUUUGGUUAUGACGAUGUUAAAAAAAUUAAAAUCAUCAAAUCGAUUUCCCUCUCUAUCAUGUCUCUCACCUCCAGGCCAACGUAGGCUUCCCCUUCCUGGGGGAGCGCUCCCCAGCUCCCACACACACCAGUGUAACCAAACAUGGCGUUUGCAAAAGAAGGCGAUAAUUUCGUGGCUAAAUUGGACAAGAGCAAGUCAGUCGUGUGGAAUUAGUACGGCUUCACAUUUUCAGAUGAAGAGCAAGUCUUGUCUGAAGGCGGUAUCAACCCGUCCACACAGAAACAAAUUCAGGAAUAAACACACAUUUUAUUUGUCGUAGUGGCGUUUCAGGUGACUGUAAACGGUACCUUUUGAAAGUGGGUCAGAGAGUUCAUAAAGCUGUAAACGACUGCUUCUCUGGAAACGAUCAUGUGACACUCAGCGUAACUGUUUGUAACUGCCUGUGCGUGUCCGGCCAAAACAACCUUUAUACUCGUGCUCUGUUACAGCGCCACUUACCGGCUUGGCAUAUGCACUACAUCGUUUUCAGUGGUUUUGUUUUGAAAGAUGAUAGAAAAAGUUAUUAAAAUAAGGAUUGGUGAAGUUGUCACUGAAUUAAAACUCAAAAUCUAAAAUCGAGUUUUCAGAGAAAAAAAUUGGGAUUUUAUUUUUGGCCAAAAUCGUGCAGCCCUACUUGAUCGUUGCCUUAGUGGCAUCAUAACUAUUCAGCCUAGUGUUAAUCAGAGCAGAUAUAAUGUGCAGUUUUUGCAAAUAAAUAAAUGAUUUAAACUCAGGCUUAAGUCUUUGUAUCAGCCUGGAAAAAUCAGCAUUUUAAUAUGGGGCCUAAUGAGGACUGAUAGACUUUUGGAGCCAGCCCCCAGUGGACACUUUAGGAACUGCAAUCACAGGCAGUAAAAAUUACAGUAAAGAAGUUGUACAUCUUUUUGCUGAUGGUCUAGUUUGCCUUCAUUGACGAGAAAGAGGCGUUACUGUUAACUCCUCACAGGAGCUUUAAUUAAAAAGAAGUGGUCAAAUAUUAAGAUACAGGACAAGGAUGCAUAAAAAAGUACAAAAAAAACUUUUGCCUUUAGUUCAAAAAGCAAAAGUAUCUUGGACUCCCAAGUGAACUUUCUGUAAAAGUAAUGCAGCUUUAAUCCAGUUUUAAAGAUCAUGUGUAGCUAAAUGCACCUGUAGUACACUCUAAUCCAGAUUUUAACAUAGCUGGAUCACAGAAUACAAAGAAACUAAAAACUUUUAACUUAAGUUUAACUGUUUUCUAAAAGUAAACAGUUAAACUUCAAAUUCAAGUAGUUAUAUCAUAUUAUGUGAAUGUAAUCCACAGUUUAGUCUGAAAUGUACAUUUAAAAGUAAAGAAAAUGGGCAAAAGUUUAGGCUAAAGUCGUAUCUAAUUAGUUUAAAUAUAAACAAGCCAAAUCUAAUGAUAGUUUUUCCAGCAGUUUCUGAAGUGCUCCUAAUGAUGCUUUUAUUGUUCUUCUGUAAAGGAAGUGAAAAUGCAUUAAUGCUGAUAAUAAGCUGUUUGUAUUGGCUGAUUGAAAGUGUGCAGAGAGCAACGAAAACACAGCGAGGAGGUGACAGAAACUGAGACAGAGACAGAGAGAGAGAGAGAGAGAGAGAGAGAGAGACCCUCUGCAGCUCCGACUCUUGUUAUUUUAACCCAGAUUCUGCUCUGAAAUAUGGCCACCAUGUGGACAUUCUCAAGAAGUGUGGCUCCAGCCUCAGCCCCAGCCAAUCAGAGGAGAUGUGGCGGGUCUGGGGAGGAGGAAUGACGGUUGACGGGGAGGGGUCUGGGAGUCAGAGGAGAAAGAGGGAGAGAGAGAGAGAGAGAGAGAGAAAGUCAUUAAAGUGUGAGCAGAGGAGGAGAGUCAGGGCAGAGCGGUCACAUCUCCAGGAGAGCUGGACUUCACUCAGACCAAUGGAGACAGGUUGGACUCUAGUCUUAUUUCUCCUCUUUGUUGUCUUUCGUUUAAGCUAAUUUGACCUUUUAAAGUCAGAAAGUUAUCCUUUUAUUCUUAAUGGCUAACAGCUGGAUUCCCUGCUGAUGUGAUUGGAUUUAAAGAUGAAGUUUUAGAGCUUUGUUGUGGCGUCUCAGAGCUCCUGGAUGCUGCGCAGAUGUGCAGAAGUAUAAGGAAAGAUCAGCUUCUUUUGCAGGUCGUCUUUGUUGUUAACUGAUAUUAUUAUCCAGGUGUGUAGUUCUCCUUAAAUAGACUUUUCCUGCUUUCUUCUGCACGCACAAAAGCUCCAAAGUGAGUCGGAAAGAAACCGACAAACCUCGGCUUUUGUUGUAUUUGAGAUUUGACCAUGUGGUUCGUCUUAAACAGAGCCCCCCUUUAUGUGUGAUUGGUCUAGCAUUUUUGGUCCUCCAUGACCAAUCAUCUUCUGCAUUCCCUUCAAAGUUAGCUGCAGGGUCUUUUCAUUCGCACAGAUCCUCACAGAUUAAAAGCACUCUCUUUGUUUUAAAAAACGCUUUUCCUGCAGGGUCACAUGAGGCUACAGAGGUGUGGGUCUCAAAUCCAGACCGUUAAAGGUAAUCAAAUUCACUCAUGGGGGUCCCUGACAAGCUCAUCUUUAGCGGUCUCUCUCUCCUCUCAGCAUGCAAACGCACGGUAAACUCCCCCUAAACCCCUCAUCCAGCUUUAAACAAACAGUUUCCAUGGUGACGUGCUCCUCCGGUCAUGGCAUGUCCAUACAUAUGUAGAUUGUUUCCUGUCAGCAGCGGUGUGGAAAGGCGUUUCCUGCUGUUUUGUUGGCAUGAUAAGAGAAAGGCUGAGUGGACGUUUUUUGACAUACAUGCAGCAAUAAGAUCAGUGCAGGGAUGGGGUUAUUACAGGUCAGUUUCUGAGACUGCUUUUCAUGGUCUGAGAAGGUUAAACCAACUUACAUUAAUGCUCCUCCUGGUCUUAUGAUGCUAUAAUGUAACAAUGAAUUUGGAUUUCUGGCUUUUAUCGACAAGUAUUUUACUGAUACAAUCACAUUUAAUGAAAAUUCAUGGUCCCAAGAGGAUGAAUUGUACAAAUUUGGUGGUCCCUGGCUUCUUUUUGACUAGUUUAUUAACAUGACAACAACAAUUACAACAAGUUUUGAAUUAAUUUGUAUGAAAAUUUGGUGCCAAUAUUCAUUAUCCCUAGAGGAUACACCCUGUAGAUUGCAGUCACUACUUUUAACUUUUGUGGACCCUUUUACUUUUGAGCCACAAUGAGGUUGAAAAGAAGUUUUUAGUGACAGAAUGUUACGAUAAUUUGAUAAAGUCCUGUGAAAGUUUGGUGGAAGUAUUCAUGGUCCCCAGAGAGUACCUCCUGUAGAUGAACUGUUCCUGCUGUGCCACCACAAAGUUGACAUGUCUGUUUUGAAAGUGAGUCUAGAUCAGUAUUUGACGGAGCACAGUGACACUUAGUAUGGAUAUUCAUGAUCUCCAGAGGAUACACCCUGCAGAUUGUAGUCUCUGCCUUUAACUUAAACUAUUGUGAUCCCCUUUACUUUUGAAGAAGUUUUUAGUGACAGGAUGUUACAAUGUCUUAAUAAAGUACUAUGAAAAUUUGGUACAAAUACUCAUGGUCCCCAGAGAGUAGCUCCUGUGGAUGAACUGUUUCUGUUCUGACACCAUGAGGUUAACAUGUCUGUUUUAAAAGCAAGUCUAGAUCAGUAUUUGACAGAGCACUGUGACACUUGGUAUAUAUAUUCAUGAUCUCCAGAGGAUGACUCUGACAGGUUUUAGUGAUCCUUGAUUUUCUGUCAUCAUGAAGUUGAAAUUUAAACUUUAAGUGAGAAAUUUGCCAAUAUAUGAAUAGAUAACUUUAAAAUGGUGCAAAUGUUCAUGGUCUCCAGAGAAUAGAUCCCAUAGAUUUGAUAUGACCCUGAACCUUUAAUUCUGCACCACCAUAAGAUAGAUUUUCUCCAUUCAUACUUCUUCUUCAGGGUCAUUAUUUGAUGUAGUAGUAAUAUAUAAUUGACUUAGGUAGUCAUUGUCCUAAGAGGUUAACUCCUACCGACAUUUUCUGAUUUCCUACUUCAACCUGAGAUUGAAGUUAUCAGCUUUAGGAGACUGAUUUUCUUUUGUAGGAACACUGAUUGCAUUACUUACAUAACAUUACAUUACAUAACUUCUGGCUCAGAUAAACACAAAUCUCCCCCCUGAGGUUACACCAUAAUUUGUCAUUUAGGUAAUCCCUGAACUCUUCCAGUAAUGCCACCAGCAGCUUGUCAGUAAAUGGUCUUCAUUGAUGAGUAUUGACAUAAUUUGAUGCUUUAAAAUAGUAUUUGGUUUGUAUUUUCAUGGACUCUCACUGACUGUGGUGAUCCUCUGAUUAAGGCCUGUACUGAUUUUACAAAUUGGUUCAUUAAGGAUUAGUUAAUCCUGGUUUUGGUCCUUUUUGUUAGAAAGCAAACUAAAGUCUUAGUUCACACUUCAGGGAAGCAUGUAGCAGGGAGUCUGUUGUGUGUGUGUGUGUGUGUGGGUGUGGAUGAGGAUUAGUGUUGGGGGUCAGCGGGAUGGCGAGGCUGUAAACUCCCCUGUCCGUGUAAACCGAGCCUCGAAUAAUCCUCAGUCUCCCCUCUGGUUGCUCAGGGAGUAUAAAGGACAUCAUAAAUCCACCUCCAGCCUCACAAAGAUGGACUACCAUGCUCCGGUCUAUCUUGGGAAACUUCUCUUAACUUUAAAUCUGUGAGUCUGGGACCAGCGAGUGGAUGUCUGGGCAUUAGUCCUGACGAAUACCAGGUACAUGAAUAGAACAGGCUAGUCCGGACUUGUUUCAGCUCCACUAACCCACUUUCAAGGAAGCUCUAGACAAAUUGAUUCCCAAUAGUUGGUGCUGUGUAACCAGCAGGCACGUGAUGCAGCCAGGAAGAGGUCAAAGGUUAAGUGUCCUGGUCUUCAAAGCUCCGUAACUCUCCAGCUGGUUUGAGUUGUUUUCUGCUCCAAAGUGUUUUCCAACAAUAUUCCUGUCAGGCAGGAAUUAGUCCUCGCAACUGGCCGGCAAAUGUUUGACCCGAGAAGUCCGGCCUGCCCGUUUGUCUUAAAUCCAAACGUCAAACAUCAGCCCCGUCAAGGAUCCCUCUGGGACUCGACCCCCUCCGAACGUCAACGAACCCUCGGCAAAGGGGGGGCGGGUUUGGAGCGGUUUCCAAGAAGUUAAGUUCGAGAUCGUGAGUCUGCAUCUGUUCCUGCAUCUGUUCGCGGUGACGCAAAGAGCGCGCUUGUGAUUCAUAAAAUUAAUUUAAGUCCAAAUCCACAGGGGCGGCUGUCUGUGCCUGUUCUUAUGAUCUCAUCUGUUUUACACAGUCCAAACAUACUCGACAUGAGCGCACACACACACACACGCACACACACCACCCUGCAAGAAACCACAGAUCUGGGUCAUUUUCUCCACUGGAAAAGAAGAAGAAGAAGAAGAAAAAGAAGAGGAGGGGAAAAGGGAGGCAGUUGUUGAUAUCUCUACAGUAUGACAAAGAUCAAAGUUUGUGUAAUACUCUGACUCACGUACACACACACACUAACACACUCUGAGUCCCGAGCUGGGACCACAAGGGACGCCCGUGACUCCUUUGACCCUCGCUGCAAGGGCGCACCGCGGGUUGGAAACCUCUGAGUUUGGGCGGCACACGUGUCAACAGCAGCCCCCGUCCUCCUCUGCUCUCCCUGCCAAACGCUGGUCUGAGAAUGACUAACAGACUCUGGAGAAACCGGGGCGAGAAAAAACCGAAAGAGUCAAAAAGAAAAGAAACAACUGUCAGCUUUGGCGCGGAGCUGUAUUUAUAACGCGAGCACAAAGGCCUGCACAGUGUAAGCAUCGUUUAAUCUUCCCUGGCAUGCCAACUUCUGUGCUCUGCGCAAAUUUGUUAAUGUCCCUCAUAGAUCAACUUAAAUAGAUUUACUGUUUGACCGGCGUCUAAUCUCUUCAGAUCCUCCUGGUGUCCUGAGGGCCUGAGGCAGAGACGCCACGAUGCAUAAGAGAGUUUUUAUCGUCUGACUGUGUCGUCUGUCUCCAGAAACGACGGCUAAUGAUAAAACGGAGAGACAUCAGUUCAGAGUAAACACUUCAAAAAGGAAGUUCAUGCUCAUCAAAUUAUCUACAUAUCUGCUCUAUCAGGCUUUUAAAGUGAAACGAGGGACCUCUUUGUGUCAAAUAUGGCGCCCUCUGUGGUCAAAAGAGUCAUUGUAGUGACUUUUGACAUUUAACUCAUUCAGUGCCAUUGACGGAUUUUUCAUUUUUUUUUGUUUUCCGCCAGUGGGCGCUCCUCUCCAACAUGUGACUAAGUUGGGGGUUGUUCUGAACGCAGAAAAGCCAACAACUACGUCAUAACCAUGUUACAAUAACAAGAACAAGUACUCGCUAGUGAGAAGUGUGCCGUCAGGUGUGCCAAUUAGCCGAGUUGUGAAUAGUUUUUCUCUAUGAAGAGAGUAGGAAAAUGCCGAAGUCAUUAGCCAAGAGCUAGCAGUCUCGGCGCAUCAGCUCCCGUGGGUGUGGUGCUACCGUCUCUGUAUCCAGUUGAGAUCCCGGUACCGGACCCUAAGAUCGUCAGCACACAAUCAAAGAAACAAUUUUCUGGUGUGUCGUUGUGAGCGAGACUGAGCUGGAAUUCAGCGAUAGUCCCGACGAGGAGGACGCAGGCAGUCUGUUUGGUUUGCGUCGUGGCGUCAGGUUCUCAAGAGCCAAUAUGACUCCCAGCCGUCACAAAGUGAUGAUGAGGAGUGGCGUCCGAGGAGGGAGGACCUUGAUGCCACCGGUAAAGUAGUUUAAAGUGAAAUGAAAUAGACGAUCAGAGUUCUGCUUGAAAGUCUCUCCUUUGUAAAAAAUGUGUUUUUCCCAGGUUUCUUUUUCCAGAUCGGCAAAGAUAAUAUGAUCACGCUGCACUGAGCAGGCAAUAACUAAACACAGGAGUGGGUUAGAGACUAACUUUUUUUUCUGGUCAAAGAAGAGAAUCACUCAUUUCUUUUGAGAUAUUGCACUUAUUCUGUGGUUCCUGAAAGAUACGGAAAUUUCUGUUGUGGUCAUUGGUGGCACUGGGUAAAAAUUACAUAAAUGAACCUGGCACUGAAUGAGUUAAUUGAUUUUGGAUGUCAUAAAAAGGCAUCAAUAUGAAUUUAAGUCUGUUUUCUGGAGGUGGAAAAACUCCUUACAGGAGCUUUAAAUCUUCUAAGCUUGUUUGGAAAUGUAUUUAUUCACUGAGUCAGAAAGGAUAAACAGUUAGCAUUGCAUAAAAAAGUUUGACUUUUUUUUCACUUCAGCAGUUACCCUGAGCUUCGAGUCCUCCAAUAAAGCUGCAGUCAGUGAGUUUACAUGUGCAGUUAAGUGGAGCUCGAUGAGGCGGUUUAACUGGACUACUGUCCCAGUUUACAGUAGGUCUCAAUCUCACGGGUGGAUCUGCAGGACUUUCAGACCUGUAAGGAGCUCCAAACUCUGGAGGUUGUUGUGUGUUUGUGAGAGGAUGAUGUGGCCUCGUAUUGACCUGACACGGUUUGCAGCUUCCUCACCGUCCUGUCACUGACUCAGCAGUGCAGCCGGGUUGAUGUCACUGAGGUUAUCAGCGGUCAUGUGACAACCGGACUGUCAUUGUGUUAUCAAGCGUUGGCUGACCCCGGGUCAGCUGUGUGGGCUGCUCAAAGAGGAGGCCCCCGGCUUGUUUUUCUCUCUGUCUGCAUCCGCUUCUCACUCUGCUGUUUCCACGUCUAUUUUCACCCUCCUCACACACACACACACACACACACACACACACACACGCACACACAUAUGAGGGUGAGGGGGUCGUGUCAUGUUUUUCUAGCUCUCAUCUUUAUGGAGACCCACAGGGAGGACCAUGACGAGAGCACUGAUCACAAAUCCUCUAACGUAAACACGGUGAAAACAGGAGAGGCCCACUUCAAAUGGACACACAAGUCACUAAAUCCUCUCCUUAAGACCAACACCAGAAACCUCCCUCUGCUCCUCCUCAUUAUCCGAACUUCUCCUCCAGAAUUAGAGAAACCAGAGAGCUGUAUCUCCUCCAAUGAAACAAUAACAGAUCCUCCUGUGUUUGUACAUGCUGUUUCGUCUCAUUCGUGUAAUUAAAGCGCUCACCCUGUCGUUGUGCCUCUCUGUUUUGUGUCUUAGGUGUGUCUGAUGUGACGCCAGCAGGCUGGCUCAGGGAACACAACUUCAAUACAAUGUAGACACCGAGAAGCCGACUGAGUACGAGUCUGAUCGCAGAAGGAGGGCGAGUCCUGAGGAGGAGGAGGAACCACCAGCAGAUAAGAAGACGAGAACGACGGAGCAGGCUGUGAAUCAUUGACCUGAACUUUGUGUUUACAGCUCCGUCACACACACUCCUUCAUUUCGUCUCACAUCUCCGCCGCGGGAGGAUCACGACCUUCAGCUGCUCGGUCUUUAAAGGCCUCCUCUCUCGGCGCCGUGAGACUCCAGCCGCCGUCAGCAUGUGCCAUGUGAUCGUCACCUGCCGCUCCAUGCUCUGGACUCUGCUGAGUAUCGUGGCGGCGUUCGGAGAGCUCAUUGCCUUUAUGAGCACUGACUGGCUGGUGGGAUACCCCCGCACGCCUGACGCCGUCUUCGGCCCCCAUGGGGCCACCACGGCCGGAGAGGCCUACAGACCCACUUUAGGCAUCUAUGGCCGCUGUUUAAAACUGCCCCACCAGCGUGGAGUACUGUGCGGACCCUACGCCAUUCACUUCGGAGAGAUUGCCAGCGGGUUCUGGCAGGCGACGUCGAUCUUCCUGGCGGCUGGGAUCCUGCUGCUGUGCGCCGUGGCGUUCAUCUCGGUCUUCACCAUGUGCUUCCAGAGCAUCAUGAAGAAGAGCAUCUUCAACGUGUGCGGACUGCUGCAAGGGAUCGCAGGUGAGACGCUCCUCAGAGAUGUUUGUAGACUUGAAAACGCAGGAUGAUGUCUGUGAUAAGAUGGCGACAUGAAUCUGUGUAUAACAGUGAUCAUAGAUCACUCUAGUGUCUCUUAGCUCUAUUGUCUCUGUUAUUGUUCUUCUCUGUGACCUUAAACAUCCCCGUCUAAAAAUAUGAAGAUGACCCUGUGUUUAGAUUUGAGACUCGUGGCCUCGUCGAAGAACAAAACUGGUCAUUUUCUACCGGCACACACCUCCAGGCGAGACUCAAAACAACAAACUUCUUCUUCUCCUCUGAGUUUUCCGUGAACACCUAGAAAAGAGAAAUGUUUAUUAUUUUGCUCAAUUUGAAACCCGAACGAGUCCACCUUACGUUAUUGUUUGUCUCCAUUCCUGCGGCGUCCACCGUUCAUCAAGGUAAAUGAAAAGUUUUGCUUUCAGUUAAACACACUCAUUACCGUCACCACAACUCCCACUCUCAGAGGUCUGUUUGAUUCUGGUGGCGCCUUUUGUGACUUUUUCCUGAAGGCGGUCUGAAGUCUGAAACACUCGGAGGCUUGUUUCCAAAUGCCACCCAAAUAUUUACCCUCUGAAGGAUCAGCUGAAGCUGUGUGACACUUCAGAGGAGUCGAACACGCAUGCGUAUCUCCACAUGUGUGUGUAAAGGGUGUGUAUCCUGUCUAUGGUUGAUUGUGUCCGGCCGCUUUGACUCACCGAGGUGAAUUAUGGAGGGAGGAGGCCGCUGAAGACAGCAGCCAUGAGCUCUGAUUAUGGCCGUCCUCCCCCGCAGCUGUUUACACGGCGCAGGAACCAAACAGAGCAGAGGUGGGUGUGUGGUGAAGGACGCGCAGAGCUGUAAACAACACAGAGCUGCUGACCUCAGAGAGCCCUGAUAUCAUCUGAACGUGUAUGAAUCUGAUAUUUGUGGUCACUUAAUGAUUUUUGAGGCAUUUUUAUGUCUUUGUCUUUUAAUCCAUGUUCAAAAUUUAAUUAAUCUGUGUCUCAUACUGUAUGACAGGAUAUAAUUAAAUUACAUUAAUCAAAUAGCAUGUGACUUAGCAGCAUUUCUCAAGUUACAGCGGAGAGGAAGAAUUUCUCUUGACAGGCAGAAGCCUCGAGCAGAACCAGACUCAUGUUGGACAGCCAUCUGCUGAGACUGUGUUGAGAUUAGAGAGUGGAGAGAGGAAGAUUCGGAGAGACAGACGACAACAGUUCAUACAGGAAAGUGCAGAAAAUGAGGGUACAAUUAUGUGUAGUAUUUAGAGGACCAGCAUGUCAAUGAUAAUGGUCUGAGAAAUAGUGUUGUGUUGUUCAUGAACGAUUCGUUCAAAAGAAUCGCUGAGUGAACGAUGUGAAUGGAAUCACUCGGACGCCUGAUUCGUUCCUUUCUCAGUUCAGUUGAGCUCAGCUGCGAGCGUGGUGUGCCGGUUGGGAGUGGAACUGUCGCCUUUGAGUCUUUGAACAACAUGUAUCAGUCAGACUGUGAACUAAACGAACGACUUCCGAACGACUUGUGGCAGGCAAAGGAGGAAAGGGCGUAGCGUCAUUCACGAACUGCCGAGCACCGAUUCGUUCACUGUGCAUUUAUUUUUAAUCUCUCCACUUUUCCACGAUAUGAAAGAAUGAUGGCUCGCGCUCGUUAAGUGGGCGUGCUGCUUGCUGUUGUUGUUUCACUCACGCCGCUUCAUGAGAAAGUCGUCUGGUGAUCCUUCCUUCACUACUUGGCGAAUGGGCGACAUGUGUCACCCAGUGAACGACGCUGUGACUUCAACAGAAGGGGAGGGCUCGUUCAAUGAACUCGCUGCUGUGUCACUCACUGGUGUACUGCACCCGGCAGGACGGGAUUCCGAAAUAACGACUGAUUCAUUGAACGAUUCUUUUGAAAGAAUCACUUAAAUGAAUGGAUCCUAAUGAUUCAGUACAGUCAAAAGAACUGUUCUUCCUGUCACUAGCCUGAGCCGAUUGAGGCCGUCAUGUCUGCAGUGAAAGCAUUAGUAAUAAUAAGGUUAAAGCUAAUAGCUUGGGUUGGAGUCGAGGCGAAUGAUCGGAAUGAUGCUAAUAAUUGAGACAGCUGGUCUCCACGGCAACGGGCCGUCUGCAGCGGCAAAAACAGACUUUGUGAAGGUCUUUUCGGUCCUUCAGAAUCAGGCCCUCAUUUUGAACUUCUCAGACGAGGAAAAUUUGAUGCCUGUUAUACAAACCUGUUUCAUAUGAAGACCUGGCACCCUCAGCACCAAGAGGAAAUAAAGGAGCUGGCUUAUUUUGAGGAUUUACAUCAUUUGGAGCCUGUUCUGAUAGACUCGCUCCAGCUCUACCUCUUCUUUAAGAGUGACCCAAAAGAAGAAAAACAGAAAAUAUUCACAUUUUUGAAGCUGAAAUCAGAGCUUUUGGCUCAUCUUUUGCUGUCUGUUGUUAGAUUUCCUACUGGUGGGAAAUCCCAAGCUUGAUACAUCUGUAAUCGCUGUUUGGAGAAGAGUGUCGACUAACAAUCACCUCACCUAAAACCUUAUCUUCAUUAGAGAGGGACAUGCUGAAGUAAAAGUAGCUGAAAGUGUGGAGAAGAUACAUGGCUCAGUCAGGAUGAGGAUGAGGAAGAGGAAAGGGGGCGAGAGGAGCUUCAAACAGCUGAGGAGGCGGGAGGGUUUCCUGCGGGCUAAACACUGACGACCUUUAACUCAUGAGGAGAUAAGACCCUCCAUCUGUCCGUCUGCUAUCUCAGAGCUCUGCUGCUGCUUAUUUACCUUCAUCUGCUGGCCUGUUAUUGAUACGGCUUUGACUGAUACAACCACGCUGACUCACUUAUAAUCACUAUUUCCAACGGUCCUGCCGACCCUCCGGUAAUGAGAAAACUGGAGCCAGACGGCAGAUGUUUGGGGAAGUGAUUGACCUCAGAUGGGAAGAUUGCGUCGCCGUUGCCAGAGAUGGUCACGUCAUUUUCUCUGCGUUCGCUCCAGAGCCCGUUGACCUACUCUUCGCUUUUACGCUGAUGUCACUCUGACUCUUUGCUUCCUCGUCCACGCUGACACACUUUUCCCGCAGAUUCCUGUAAAGUGACUGUCAGUUUGAGCUCAGGUGGUUUAGAGAUUUGAAGGUAGACUCGUUCCUUUUCUUUGACGUAAUCAAACGACUUCAACAGACGGACAGGUGCUCUUGGAUCCAAUACGACCAGUUAGCAUUUCUGAAAGUAAACUGUCCCCUAUGUUUACGAAAAACCGUCUUUGAUUAGAGAGGAGAUGGCAAACAAACUGAGCCGUAAAACUGUCUUUUCAGUUUGUGUUUGAAGUCCAAUGUUUUUAUAACCGACCGUAAACUUUCCUUUCAGCCGUGAGUCACAGAGCUCGUCAUUAGUUUGACCGUUGACCGUGACUCAAACAAAACAACUUACAGGAACUGAAGUCGCAUUCCUGCACAGACAUGACUCUGACAUAAGAUACUAGGGAAAAAAGUGCUGUUCACCUCACUGAUAAGAAACAGGAUUUCCAUUCAUCUAACAAAGAGGCAGUAAAGCUCCUGGAGGGAGUUUUUGAAAUUAACACUGAAGCCUCUAUAUGACCUGAAAAAGAAAAGUUUUCGAUUGUUUGUUCCUGUAUGACUUCUUAAAACACUGAGAGUUACAUUUGGUUCACUUAAAGAAGAAAACACGACUUAAACAAAAUCAGGAGAGAUAUAUGAUUGUUUUUGUCCACAAGGGGGGCGCCAGAAUCAACACAAAGUCCAAGUUCCUUACAGGAUCUUUAACUAAAAUAGAGCAAACAUGGACAAAAGGGAGGAGUUUACGUUUAUAUCUUUGAUUUUUGAUAAAGGGACUUUAAAAAACUGAUAAAAAAUGACCCUUGAAAUAAAAAUUGGCUAACUAACCAGGAUAUUAAUAUUGAAUUUCAUGUUUACUCUUUUUGCAAACUGUAUCCUGUCUAUCCCUUUAAAACUGCCUUUUUAUUUCACAUCUGUCAAGUCUGAUUUGAAGACGUGUAAAAGUUCGUUUUUGCACCUGAUAAAACUGAAAUAAGUCAAAUAAUCAGAUAAGAAAAACUACAUAUUUGCUGUAUUGUGAAGCUGCAGAUAGGUUGUUAAAAUGAGACUGUGCUAAAAUCAUAGAAAACUUCAGUUUAAACAAGAUUAAUUAACUUGUUUUUGAUGUGAAUUGAUGCCAGAUGCACUCAAAAAGAAGUUGCAGCUAAAAUAAAUGAUAAAAAAUAACUUUGAAGAGGAAAUGAACAUUAGAAACGGUGCAGAAAAGACAAAUUGGUGAAAAAAAAUUCUCCAAAAUGCGUGAUGAGAGAACCCAUUGAAAUGUAUUUUAAACUGUUUAUUUCUGACAAAGAUGAGCUGAAAUUUUAAACAGGAUUAUUGAUUUUUCUGCAAGAAAAACAACUAAAACCCAAAUAUUUGGUGAUUUAUUAUCUUUCGCUUUAAUAAUCCACUCAUGUCAUGUUUCCUUUGGAGCUUUUUCGAUGUGAACGUUCCUCCUUUUUUUCCUCAGUUUCCAGGUAAUGAUAUAAGAUAAGUUUCGUGGAAGACUCUCAGCUCUGAAAAACAAAAUAUUAAAUUUUUUAAGAGUCAAACUUGUUCAGAAAUAGGUAACAAAGUGCCUUUCUUUUAAUAAUAGUAGUAUGAAUAGGUUUUUUUGAAAAUUGAGAGAAUGUUUACGGUUUGACAAACCUAACAUUUGAGCAUAAAUAGCCUAAAUAGUUGACAGAUUGCCAGUAUUUCCUCUUGCCCUCUCGCUGUCCUCUCUUAUUUCCUCCUCAUGUGGAUCCCAGCAGCUCCUCAUUUUUUCCUGGAAAGGAGAAAAGAGGCCAGAUUUCUGAGAGCUGAGUGUAGACCUGCUGUGCUGUAUUACAGGGCGGAGGCUGUGGGAGCAGAGGUUAAAAGGAAGGCGGGAGGGGGGUGGCGUUGGCGGCGGGGGUGGUGGUGGUGGUGGCAUGGAGGGAGGCAGCGAUCAGGAAUGGAUGGAUGGAGAAUCGACAGUUUGGACAUGAACACAGACGAGAGCCAGCGCAGAGGAGAUCGUGAGGCUCGAUGGGUGGAGUGCUGUUGGAUAUUAGGUUAGAAGGUCCAGCUUGUCAGGAGGGGGGCGGAUUUGUGUGUUUGUGUGUGUGUGUGCAUGUGUGUGUGCAGCAAGGGGAGGAGAGGGGGUCUUAGGACGGGUGGAGCUGAGAAUUAAAACCAUACCUUCAAUCCAUCACUGGAGCCGGUCUGGAUGUCAGGGCAGUGCAGCAACAUGUGGAAAGAAUUUAUGACCUAGUUUUCAUUUCCUUGUUUAAUACGAUAUUGGGUGCUUUAAGAGUGAGGGAACGAGUGAGCGAGAGAGAGAAAGAGAGGAAGCAGAGAGAGAGGGAGAGAUUAGGGGGCGAAUGAAAGAAAGGAGAGGGAGACGGUUUAACCUCCAUGCUUGUUUUUCUACAAAGCGAAGGCGGCGAGACGGGCUGGAGCAGGGCGAAACAUUCAGGCUGCUAUUCUUAUCUGGUGUCUGGCGGCUUUAUUAGCUGUAAUUGUGUUAUUGUAAAUAUUUCCUCCUGGGCUCUGAUUGGUGGAUGGCCUCUUUCUCUGACUAAUCAACUUGGAAGCUCAUGACUUCAUGAAUUCAAGCUGGUUCUGAGUGAAUAUCUGGAUUUUAACCUGCACUGUCAGGAGAGGCGGGCUCAGUACCGGCCUUCAGAACCUUCAUGGAUUAAAGAUUCUUGUUGAACAGCGACCUGAUUCAGGAGACAAAAGCCAGAGUCAGAGAGGUCGUGUUUAGAUGAUCUGCUUUAUCUACAAGAAUAGCCGUGUUUGUCAGGAAUUGUUUUAAGAUCUCGAAACCAAGUCUGCACAAAGCGGCUGUAAAAGUGGGUCACGGUAACACAGGAAGUGACCCCAUGAGACGCAGGACGCCGGAGGGUCAGUGAGUGACUGGGGCAGAGAGUUAGGGGGGGAAGCCCCUUAGCUACCUUUUCCUGUUGUUUUCCUCUUUUGUGUUGUACGCUGACCUGACAGAUCCACGAGUCAAGAUUCAGGUCUGGGUCUGUGUUUCCUGGAAGUCUGUCUGUGAUUUCUCGCUGGUGUGACAUUUCUUCAUCCUGACGGGAUGAGCUGAGCGCUGUGAUGGCAGGAAAUAUCUUUGUGUCUGAGGACGAUCAGGGAGAAAACGUUUCAGAAAACACAUCAGUGAUUAUCUGACUUGAAUGCUCGUUUUGUCUUAUUUGUUGGACAAAAUCAAUCUGAGGACUUGUAAUCGUACUUUCAGUCAUUUAGAAACUUCAAAAAUUUUACUUUUGCAUUCGAAGAGUUUUUUCUUUUAGUGGUUUUGAGCAUUGCUCUUGUGAAAUAGCUCCAUUUGGACACCUUGAGGUUUAAAAAUUCAGCCCCUGGAUUAGGGCUGGGCGAUACGGCCUUAAAUCAAUAUCAUGAUGUAUUGAUCAGUUCACCUCGAUAACGAUAAAUGGAUGAUAACUUCUCCACAAGCUGCUCACCCCCUCCCACAUUCACUUCGUCUACUUCAGCCGCCGUUCCAGUUGCUACAACUUUUGAACAGUCCUCCAUCUCCUCACCUGUCUUUCCCUCUUUGUUACGGACUGGAUGGGGUGGAGUCACGUCUCUGAUGUAGGACAGCGUCUCAAGAGGACACGAGACCAUAGCCUACCCACACAAAUCCAAAACCGGUAUUAGUACAUUUUCGGUUUAUCGGCCAGCCCUACCCUGGAUUAGCUUUCAUCCACAUGCAUGAAAUUUUGUGGGCUUAUAUGUUAACUUGAGAGCUGCAAAAAAAGCCUCAAACACCCGUACUCUGAACCUGUGGUUCUCAACUGGUGGGUCUCGACCCAAAAGUGGGUCGCACACAGCUGGUAAAAAAGGAAAUAUUUAAUGCACAUCUGAUGUUUGACAUGUCUAUUAUUUUUGAAAAUUGGUUAUUUUGAAAGGCACGCGUUAUGUCGUAGUCCUCCAUGGUUUCUCAUUAAUGUGGCCUGAAUGCAGUAAAAAUAUGUGGGAGUUUUUUUUGUGUCUUUAUUUUGUGCAAUUUGAUAUUAAUUCACUUUUGUCCAUGCUGUUGCGUGGUCCUCCUCAGGUUCUUCUGAAUAUAUUCUCUGAAUGCAAAGACGCAUAUAAGUCAAAUUUCUCAUUUUGCUGGUUUCCAUUUUGUGUAAUUUGAUAUUAACUGUUCAUGAAACUUCAGUAGUCGUCGUUCUCAGUUCACGUGCUCUGAAAUGUACUGUACUCAAUAAAAUGGGUGUAUUUAUAUCAAAUAUUUGAGCCUUUAAAGGUAUUUUUUUUUGUAAAAUAUAAAUUUGCUUGCUUGGUUUGAAUUUUAUAAAAGUGGGUCACGACUUAAGGACCAUGGGGAAAUGUGGAUCCCAGAAUGAGACCAGUUGAGAACUAUUGCUCUGAACCCAACAGGGACUCGGUCAUUGUGCUCCAGACUUUUGCAAAUCUACAGGAUCUGAACUUAAACAGUUGUCUGGUUUUCUUGUCUGUUUCUCUGCAGGUCUGUUCCUGAUCCUGGGUUUGAUGCUGUACCCUGCUGGCUGGGGUUCAGAUAAGGUCCAGCUGUACUGCGGACACGACGCCGCCCCGUACCGAGCUGGCCUCUGCUCCAUGGGCUGGGCUUUCUACACGGCCAUGGGCUGCACCGUGCUCACCUUUGUGUGCGCCGUCUUCUCCGCGCAGGCCGAGAUCGCCACAUCCAGCGACAAAGUCCAGGAGGAGAUCGAGGAGGGGAAGAGCCUCAUCUGCCUCCUCUGAAACUCAGAUACUUUUGGAGAAGGAGAGAAAAGGCCUGAACCAUCAGAUGUUUACCACUAAAACUGACUCUCUUUGUCUCUCUUUGUGUUUGUGUGGGAGAAAAAAUCUACAAGUGCCAAGUUUUUCUCUGUGUCUUUGUCUUUUUCUGCCACUAGAGGGUGCUGUGUCUGUAUCCGUGUUAGCCGUGUGGACACCCACACACCGGCUCUGUAAAUACGUGUGAUUAUAUAUAUUUUGUAAAUAUCUUUAAAAUGAUCGGUCAGCUUGAUCCGGGCUGGUGCUGAUGAUGUCUCUCUAGCCUUAAAAACACGACCAGAAAACCUGGAUCUGUUAGCCAUGAGUGAGUGUGAAAUAACUCAACAAGGGAACCACUACUCAGCCAGAAUAAACUACUCGCAGAAUCAGAGUGGAUGUCCUGAAGAAGCUUACCGAAUGUACUGUUUGUUAAAUGAAUGAUUUUGUGUCUGUAGACCCUUGAAAUGUAUGGAUGGGAAGUAUUUGAAACACGGACUGCACAAGGAUGAACAUGACGGUCCUGAAUCCUGAAAUGAAGUGAGCUGAAUCCUCGACCUGAGAAGGGUCUGUGCUGGUCCUCAUGUUGCAGACCGCCUGAAAAUCUCUGCACAAAGACCGGGACUAAUGACUAGUGAGGACACACAAAUGAAGUAUUGCUGUUAUUAGUAACGUCUGGUUUCAGGGAGCGUGUCGAGUUCUAGAUAGUGUCCUAUCUGUUCCCGUUUGUUUCUGCCAAACAAAUAAAGAAAAGGGAAAAAAAGUCAAA